GUUUACCUGAGUCUUAAAGAAGGACCAAAAAAAUAUGUCGCGACAGACCCCGCCCAAGGGUGAGAAUCCCAAACCGACAGGUAGUCCGCGGACACCACGUGGAGGCCGGCUAAGAGACCGUGUAAACUUUUUUGAAAAUAUUUGGUCUCAGGGACGUAGUGCCAGCACCGAAGACCUUGUUGACCGUUCGACAUCACCGGUACCAAGGAGAUCCUCAUCGCGAACUAGUGACAGCUCUUUUGAAGAAUCCUUUGAGCGAGUGGUUGAAGAGGGUGAAUUAAAUGGCGCCAAAGUGGUUAAAUUUGAAAAAAUAACCGUCAGAAAAAGUGUCAAGGAGAUUGUGUCCACGAGGUCUGGACUUUCUGAGGCCAGCAGGACACCUAGUGAAGAGCAUGCACUGGAUUCGGCUUAUCAGAGCCAUGGAAUGCAGGGAAGCAAAUCAAGCUCUGUUAUGUCUUUUACUAAAUUUCCGUCUGAAGAAAAUUUGUCGAGAGACAGCCUUCAGACUGCCGAAACUGAUGAAAAAGUUUCUAGUGAAUGGUACACUGAGUACCGGAAUCAAAGCUUCCAGAAUGUGUCAUCCAAAAUAGAAUAUGUAAGGAGUCGUAGUGAAUAUGAUGCUCAUAUUGUGGAAAUUAAAGAUGAACAAGAACGUGUACAGAAGAAGACCUUCGUUAAUUGGAUCAAUUCAUACCUAUCAAAGCGAGUCCCGCCUCUUCGCGUUGACGAUUUAAUUGAAGACUUGAAAGACGGUACUCGUUUACUUGCCUUAUUGGAAGUUUUAUCUGGAGAAAAAUUGCCGGUAGAAAGAGGUAGAAAUUUAAAGAGACCCCAUUUUUUAAGUAAUGCCAAUACUGCUCUUCAAUUUUUACAAAGCAAAAAAAUCAAAUUAGUGAACAUUAAUUCGUCAGAUUUAGUCGACGGACGACCUCCAGUUGUUUUAGGUCUGAUUUGGACAAUAAUUUUAUACUUCCAGAUUGAAGAGAACACAAGAGCACUAGAGUAUCUUGGUCAAACCUGGGGAAGUCAGAGUAGUCUUGAGAGCUUGGGUACUCAAAGCUCCGCAGCUAGUGAGCGCAAACGGUUGAGCAGCGAAAAAUGGAAGCAAGGAGCAAGAAAAACUUUGUUACAAUGGGUUACAAAUGCUUUACCAAAGGAAUCGGAAAUUCAAGUCCGUGAUUUCGGUGAAAGUUGGAGAGACGGUAAUGCUUUCUUGGCAGUGAUAGACGCAAUAAAACGCAAUCUUGUAAACAUAGCAGCUAUGAGAGCAGCGUCAAAUCGCGCGCGUCUAGAAACUGCCUUCGAAGUAGCGGAAGUUGAACUAGGAAUAGCUCGCCUGCUUGAUCCUGAAGACGUCGACGUUCCACAGCCUGAUGAAAAAUCAAUCAUGACAUACGUCGCACAAUUUUUGCACAAAUACCCAGAGCCCAAGUCAGCUGCAGGCGACUCGUUUACAGCAGUUCAACAGGAGUAUGAUUCCUUGCUCGCGUGGUUGGUGACUCAAACUCGCGGGCUCGACCAAAUGGACCGAACGCACACUUUUUCGUCAAAUUACUUAGAUUACUCAGCAGCCCGUGCCGAAGCAGAUGAGAAAUCUUUCACCUAUCGCAAGCUACAGAAUCUUGUAGAUACUUCGAGUAUGAUAACAAUAACACAGGAUUCAUGGAGGCAAAUUCAAGAGUUAUGGUCAAGAAUGGAAUAUUUGUUGUUGAAAUGGCUGUGGCUGCUGGAUUCAUCAUUACCAGGUGAAAUUGGUGAAGCCGGACGUUGGUUAGCUUUAGCCGAAUCACUUCUCAACUCGGACAAUGAUAUUCCUGAAGAAAUGAACGAACAGACUGCUGGAAUUAUUUCAAACAAAUUAGAAGAUCAUAAAAAGUUUUUCCUCGAUUUACCUGAUCAGCUUGAUAAAUUUAAUCGCGUAAAGAUGACAAGUCUUGCAAGACAAGUACCUCAAGUGCAAUUAGACAACAUGACGGCGCGUUUUGAUUCCUUAGGCGACCGGGCGGCCAAACGUCGGAUAAAAUUAAAAUUUUUGGAACACAAGUGCUGCUUAGUUGCCUUUAUCUAUCUGGUGGAGACAAAACUUAAAACCUGGGGUGUUAAGUAUGGAAGCGAAGAGGAAGUACAAUCAAUGCUUGAACAAUAUCGUAACUUUGUAUCGCGUAAUAGAAUAUUCCAAGAAUUUCAAAAAGCUUAUCUGGACAUGCAACAGGUGGCUGAUGAAUACAAACGUGAGGGAGGUAUUGAUCGUGAUGAAAGUUUAAACAUCGAUAAAUUUAUGCGGGAAACAAAUGAUAAGUGGAAAAAUGUAUCAAUGGAUUUGCGCUGUGUCCAGAGUAUGCUAGAAGAAGUGAUGGCCUACUGGCGCCGAUGGAACACGAUCGCUGAUGAAUUUUCCAACUGGUUGAUUCAGGCAGAAGCUGCGGUGAACUUUCCCGAUGAAGAAAAAAUGGAAUUUUUUCAAAAUAUCAGCGUUUGGAAAGACAAACAUCAACAAUUAUCGGACACUGUUAGUUUUCUAAUAGCGACGACGACUGAGGUUGUGGCUCUGCAUUUACGUGACCGUUAUACCGAAUUGACAAAUCGCUGGGAGCGGACUUUCGCAGAAGCUAAACAGUACAUGCAUGCUGGUGAUUUAUUGAGAAAUCGUAAGGAUUAUCGUACGGGUGUUGAUACUUUACAAAAGUGGUUGAGAAAUGCUGAGAGCGUUUUGUCAACGUCACAGUUGACGUCUACUGAAAAGAUAAAAGCUUAUGGUGAACAGCUGCAAGUAUUAAAUAGCGAAUUUGAAAGUAUUGAAGAAUUGUUUAAGAGCAUAAGCAAGAAGUUUCAAACGUUGCUGCAAGAUUUGCCGCGGGAUGAAGUUGACAAGAUGAUGAAUACGUUGAAAAAAGAAAAAGAAGCUUUGGUUAAAGUACGAGCACUCAUACCGAUGCAAUUGCAUUUGUAUCAUCAGCUGUUGGUGCAGCAGGAGUCUUUGGAAGCGGGCCAACGUGAAAUAAGCGGAUGGUUAGAUGAAGCGGAAGCUCUACUGUCAAGUUUGAAUUUUUCUGGAGGCAGAGAUGCAGUUCUAGGUCAAUUGGAACGUCAUAAGGCAUUUUUCUCACGUACUUUGUAUUACAAAUCGAUGCUUGAGUCUAAGAAUAAGGUCUUUUCGAGUAUUGUAAAGUCGGUUGACGCCCACGCCAAUCCCGAGACUGCUGAAGGAGGCGCGGAACUACGGGCGCUUAAUGAACGAUUCAAUCGAGUUGUUCAGACUGCUCAGAUUUGCGAGCAACGUCUGCAGGAGGCUGUACGCUGCUGGACCAAGUUCAAAGAGUGCGAGAGACAGAUGAUCGAGUGGCUGACUGCUGCGGAAAAUUUAAUCAGCGACAAGCGCAUUGACAAUAGACAAUCGGUCGACAAUCACAAAAGUUUCUUUAGCAAAGUCAACGAACGGUUAAUUCAGGAUUUGAUAAAUGCUGGACAAGAUCUACGAAACACGCUGCCUGUCGAACAGCAAACGCCAAUUAUUGAGACAGUUGAUGCACUUCAGCAGCGUUGGAAAGACGUUAUGACUUUUGCUCCGUUGCAUCUUAUGAGACUUGAGUUUAGAUUGGAUGAGGCUGCUUUCAUGCAGUAUCUUAAAGAAAUAGAAGCUGAAGUUAAUAGUGAACAGCAGUCACUGAUUAAGAAUGAAGAUGUUGAGAGUAUUAUUCAGCGUAAUAAAGAUUUCUUUGUCAAUCAAGGAAUUGUUGUUAAUGUAGAACGCUGCUUGCAGACAUUGAAAAAAAUAAGUUAUGCUUAUUCGCAGUUGAAACCUAAUGAUACUAGUCUUCAGGAGGCUGUCGCUCAUGCUGAACAGUUGUGGGAAGAUUCCGCACAGAGGGUGGAAAUUAUUCGGGAACAGCUUCGCCAAGUACCUGAACAGUGGGCCGAGUAUAGAAAGAGAUAUGAUGAAAUGGUACGAUGGAUGGAUCAAGUUGACAGUACUCUAAGGACAAUCUUAAAAGAAGUAAAUAGUCUUGAAGAAUUUGAAAAAGAAAAAUCAAUCUUUCAGAAAGUGUGCCAUGAAGCUGAUGGUAAAAGAGAACACAUGAAGUGGCUAGUGCAGACAUUGGACAGUUUGACAACCAACCGAUCGGAUCGAGAAGCAAUUACCGAGCAACAUCAAUUGGAAAUGCUGAUAACGCGUUACAAAAAUUUGAUACCGACUAUUGAAAUCACAAUGACCAAAACUGACAUUUAUACGAAGAGUUAUACCUACAGAAAGGAAGUACGUGAAGUUUGUACGCUGUUGAGAAAAGUCAAAGAGCAGAAUACUGUAGAGUCUUCAACUCAGGUCCCGGAAAAUCUUAAAGACGCGGUAGUACAUCAGGAAACACGGCUAAGUCAUCUUGAGCAACAGAGAGCUAAUAUUGUGAGCAUGUUGCAGCGGGGAAAAGAUUUACUUAAAGAUCAACACGCGCCUCCGUUUGUUUCUUCGGAAAUUCAGCAGCUUGAGAGCAACUGGAAUGAAACUUAUGGCCAAAGUAUUGAGACGCUAAAGUCGUUGAAGACUUUCCAGAAAUUGUGGCAGAGUUAUCAAGAACAGAAAGAAGAAGUUAUAAAAUUGGUUAAUAGUGCUAAUGAGGAGAUGCAAAAAGUUAAAACGACUACUUACUACGAUGCAAGUCAAGUGUCAUCUGAUUUACGAGCGAAACAAGAAUUGAGCUCUAAUUUGAAAAAAUCAUCUGAAGAAAUGAUGUCAAAGUUGCGUGAGACUACAAAUCAACUUACAGAAAUGAUGCCUAGUGAUAAACGUUUGAUAAUACACGAGGAAAUAACGCACAUUGAAGAAACUCUGGUGAAGACAAUUGAGACAGUGGAGAAACGUGUAAUUUAUUUGACCGAACACAGCAAUAGAUGGUCGAAAUUUCAGUCCGAAGUUGGUGAAUUGAGAAACUGGGCUCAGCAGAGCGCACCUCAGGCUAUUGUUAACAUCCAAGACUUGUCAACUUCGCCAGAAGAUCGAUUGAAAAAAACGGAAACGCUUCAAAAGCAGAUUGCCGAGAAAAUAAAAGCUAUGGAAUCUUUGGAAAAGGAAUCACGGCAGCUUGUAAAGGAUGACAAAGCCAAUGAAGCUAAAGCACUGAGAGGACAGAUCAGUAACUUGCAAAGUGUAAUUGACGCUUUGAAUAAAGACAUCGCAGGGCAACGUGUAGCAGCAACGGAAAAUUUAGCUACUUGGAAAAAAUACGAGGUGGGUAUUCAGAAAGUUAAGCCUUGGGUUGAACAAGCAGAGACUCAAGCAGCUUCUAUUGGCACUAAACCAUCUACAUUAGCCCAAGCUACGGAAAUGCUACACGUGGCACGAUCCUUUGAGAAACAGUGCGAAGAACAUUUACCCCGUGUUCAGGAGCUGUCGCAUGUAAGCCAACAAAUUACAGGAAGAACUGCUGCGCCUGAUGAAGUUGACGCUGUCUACACGAGAUGGAAUGCCGUUCAUGACGUCUCUAUACAAACGGUUACGAAAUUAGACAAACUGGUGUCCUCGUGGAAGUCUUUUGAAAAUGAAGCUGAAGAAUUUAAUCGCUGGUUAGAUCAGAGCGAGAAGGCGUGUCAAGCAGAGCCAAAUUAUCAGACUCCUGAGGCGAGUAAACUAGAGCAAGAUUUGAAUCAUCUCAAAGAACUUAAUAAAGUUAUUUCUGAUAGACAAGCGCAGUUGAUAUCUCUGACCCAAGUUUCUGAUCAUGUUAGUCACGGUUUGUCAAUUGAAGGCGCAACCCAACUAAAGGGACGAGUCGCUGAAAUGAAAACUCGUGUCGGCAGGCUUGCAGACACGGUAAGACAUCAUAUUAAUCUGGUAUCUGAUGCUUUAUUAGCGAGACAAGAGUUUCAAAUAAAAAUAUCAGACUUUGAAAAUUGGAUGGCGAGAUUGAGAACCAGCAUUGCCGAAAUCAGUGAAGUCAAUGUCGGAGAUGUUGACACUAAUCUUCAAGCAGUUCAUGGUUUUCUUCAAGAACAUUUGGAGAAGCAGCCAAAUUUCUCGGCUAUUUAUGAAGAAGUUAAACAACUCGCUGCCCAGGGCUCGCCUGAAGAAGCCAAAGCUCUUAAUGAAGUUUACACUGGACUUGCGCAAAAGUACAAAGCACUCGAAGAUGAUUUACAGCAACGGAAGAAAGGUUUGGAAAGAUGGGGCGAACUGCUGAAUUGGUACAACGAAACAAAUGCUCAGUUGAGUCACACGAAGUACGAAUUAGAAGCACGAAAACCUAAUAUUGCUGAAUUGGAAAAAUUAUCCAAUGAAUUGCAGACUGUUUAUUCGAAAAUAGAAGCUUGGAAAGACCAGAUACCUGUCGUAGAUAGUUUGAUGGGCAUUCACAUGCGAGAUAAACAGGAAAAGCCAUUGACUGCUUCCUCCCUUGUCCAUGAGCUUGAGUCUAAAGCAGUCGCGCUUAAAACAGAAGUUUCUACUAAACGGGAUAGAUUAGAAAAUUUGGGAGCGCGGUGGGAUAAUUUCCGUAAGAUCCAACAAAAAUUGACGGAGGAAAUCGUCGCCACUCAAACUACAUUGCAGCAAAUUACUGUGUCGGUAGAUACUUGCGAUAAAUUGGCGCCCGCGGUAGAGCAAAUUGAUGAUUUGAUUGAAGAGCAUCAGAGACGGGAACCUGAUAAACUUCUGCUACAUCGCGAAGGAGAAAAUUUGAUGAAAGAAGACGCGAAGGCUACAACUAAUGUCCAGGUCGUUGUGUCCUCAGUAGACGGUAAUUGGGAGAAAGUUAAUGAAUUGUUGAAAGAACAGAGAAAGAAGUAUGAUGAAAUGGGUGCAGAUUGGCGUUGUUAUCAAGAGGCACGCGAGAAAUUGGUUAAAUUUAUGGAGGACUCACAGACAUUGAGACAGUCUACAAAGGAAGUGCCAAAUGACGUGACGCAGGCGAAUUUAGCUCUUGAGAAACACAAGAGAGCUUCUGAAGUUCUGAAAAAGGGCAAGCAGUUUUUAGAAAAAAUGGAUCAGAAAGCUCAGCAGUUAAUCAAAGAGGCCUCUUUGAUGCCUACUUUCAAAGUUGAAAUUAUCGAAAACGAUUUGUCGACAAUAAGAAACCAAUAUCAGGAUAUUUAUACGACCAUUGUAGAAAAGACGCAAUCAUACGAGACCCAAGUUAUUAUUUGGAAGCAGAUUGAAGAAGCUAAAUACGAUUUGACUCGUUGGUUGAGUGAUACCAAUGAAGCUUUGUCUUCAGCUUGCGAACGUCUCACUGAUGCUGAAAAUGGGCAGGCUAGAUUAGCUAGAUAUCACGAAGAACUGCCGUCUUAUCAGUUAAUGCGUCAGAGUAUCACGACUAAAACCGAUCAACUUGUUAAAAUAAACCACAAUGCCGACAUGCCUACUUUGAAGUCACUCAAUAAACUUCUGGAUGAUCAGUUCAAACUACUUAAAGACUCUGCUGAUAAACUGGAAGCUCUUACCACGAAUUUGAAUGAAAAAGAAAAAGCUAUUCGGGUUAAUUUGAAAAAAUCUGGUGACCAGAUAUCGAAAAUACGAGAAGACGUUAUAAAAUGUGAUGAUUUGACGGGAGAAAAUACUAAAAUACUGAGCAGGAUUAAAAAAUGCCGUGAGUUACAAAAAGAACUAGAAGUUUGUAGCAAUGAUUUAGCGAUGGUUGGUGAGAAAAUAGCAGAAGCUUCUCAAGUCUAUCCAGCAAUCGAACGCUCAAGUUUGCCGAAAGAAUUACAGUCGCUGCAGUUACGUCGUGACGGAGUUUCAAAUCACGCAGACAAAGUUACUGCAACGUUGGUGGCUUUUUUGACGAAAUUGUAUCACGAAAAAUUCACAGCUUUGCAGCGAAUGGUUGGAACACUGAAGGAAAAAGUAUUGUGGUGCGAACCUGAGCAGAGUAGCGAUCGUUACAAUCUUGAAGUAAAAAUGGCGUCACUCGUGGAUGUAGAAACGGGAAUUAAAGAUUGUGAAGCUAGAAAAGCUGAUACUGAUAAAUCAUUGUCGCUUUUGGAAACAGUAGAGAGCAAAGAAACGACAAGUGCAUUGAAAGCUGAACGUGACAAAGUUGCUGAUGAUUUAGUCGCAUUAAAGAGUAGUCAUGCUAAAAUAAAAAAUGUAUUGCAGCAAAAUAUCGCACUGUGGCAACGCUACGAGUCUAUUUCUGAGGCAAUAAUGUCUUGGUUGAAAGAAACAGAAGCUAAGAUCCGCGGAGAAGGUUCAAUGUUAGUAGAACUAGAUAAUGUUGAAGAUAAAAUUGUUGAAGUUAAGACUUAUCAGAAGACGGUUAAUGAUUAUGAGAAAGAAAUGAAAGCUCUUGCGCAACUUGGCGAAGAUAUUUUACAAGUAAGUCCUGAAUCGCGUGCUGCGCAGUACGUUAGUCAUUUGACGACACGUUAUCAAGCGAUUCAAAAGUUUUUGUCUCAACAUCUUGAAAGAUUGCAAGAGCUCAAAGACGGAAGGGAUCAAUACCGCGCUUUAGUUAAAGAACUUGAAAAAUGGAUUGACGAAGCGGAAACUAAGUUAAAGAGUUUCGAUCAAAUCAGCGGUCCCAAAGCGAUGGCAUUCUAUCAGUCGCGAUUGAAGGAGUUGAGAGAAUUUGGCGAAAGCCGAGAAAAAGGUCAAGGUAUUUUAAACAAAACUGCUGAAGCUGGAGAAGCUUUGUUCCCGCGAACUACUCCCGAUCAACGCGAAGCUAUUCGCGCAGAGCUGAGAAAUUUACGGAACCGUGUUGAUGGUUUGAUUGAUCGGUCUAAUGUUAUUUAUAAAAAAAUAGAAAAUGAUAUGAUGCACCGUUCAUCUUUUGAAGACAAGUAUACUCAGGUCAAACAGUGGUUAAUUGAUGCUCAGGCUAAAUUAGGUGAUAAACAAGAUUUGUUGCCUACGCUACAGGAAAAGAAACUGGCGUUACAUUCAUACCGGGCAAUUGCCCAAGAUGUAAGUGCGCACAGAAAUAUUCUCCAGCAGCUCAAAGAUCGUCUGAGCGGAGUCUCCGACGAUGAAGCCAGUGAAAUGCUGGCUUCUAUCAUUGAAGGGUAUGAUAAAUUGUCUAGCAAUGUUGAAGAUCGAAUAGGAAUCGCUGAAAAACACGUGGCUAAUCAUGAAGCUUAUGUACAGACUUUGGAUAGAACUCGAGACUGGUUGAAUGCGAUUGUCAAUGAAGCUGCUCCUCUGUUAGAAGAUUUGGCAAUUGAAAGAGAUUCUGCAAAAUCUAAAAUUGCGCAGAUUGAAAAUUUACUUCAACAGCGAGGAGAUGGAGACCGUAUUUUGGAAGACUGUAAUCAGCAGUUGAAUAUUAUAUUGGAGCAGACUUCGAUAGCAGGUCAUCCGGCUUUGGUGAAAGGCUUCGAGGUUCAGAAAAAAAUAUGGGAAGAUUUCUUGGCGCAGUGUGAAGCUACUAAGAGUAAACUAAACCGACUUUUCAAUCAGUGGACUGAAUUUGAACGUGUCGUAGAAGAACUUGAGGCCUGGACUAAGGCAAUGGAGUCGCGAGUCAAAGAUCAGACUCUUAAGAGCACUGAGGAAGCUAAGCAAGCUUACUUGCAGAAAUUAAAAGGUUUAGAAGAAGAAAUAGCUGCCAAGGCGCCGGAAUUCAAUGCGGCUGCUGAGCAGGGUCAAAGUCACGCUGAAUCGGAAUUGGCAACAAGAAUUUCUCGACAAGUUACCAAGUAUCAAGCGAUUAAAAAUCAAGCACGUGAGGCUGUAGCUCGUUACGAACAAUAUGUUAAAGAGCACAGUACUUUCAAUGAGAGAUACAAUCAGUUUUUGAAUUGGAUUAAAGGAGUUCAAGAAGAAUUAAAUAAACACAGAGAAAUUGUUGGAGAUCUGGCACUGCUUCAGAGCCGCCAGAAGAGUAUUCGUGACUUGGCGGACACGCGGACAAAAGAGAACCCGCGGUUCGAAUCAGUAAUUGAUCUCGGUGAGAAACUUUAUGUUCACACCUCUCCAGAAGGUCGUGAAAUAGUGAGACAGCAGCUGAGAAAUUUGCGUACACUUUGGGAUGGAUUUACUGAAGAUCUUCAGUCUGCCACACAGAAACUCGAUCAGUGUCUUAUGCAGUUUGCAGAAUUUUCAUUGUCUCAGGAGCAGUUGACUUCGUGGCUCAGAAAUGUUGAAAAGGACAUGCAUCAACACACGGAAUUAAAGUCGACACUUGAAGAGAAGCGCGCGCAACUGCAGAACCACCGGAUUAUGCAUCAAGAAAUUAUGUCACAUCAAACUUUGGUCGAGUCCGUUUGUGACAAAGCUCAAAGACUUGUAGACCAAACUAAAGAUACUUCGCUGAACGUUUACUUGCAAUCUAUAAAACAUCUGUUCCAAAAUAUUGUCGCCAAGUCUCAGGAUCUUUUGGAUAAUUUAGAAGAAUGUGCGGAUGUUCACAAUAAAUUUAAUUUACAGUGCAAGUACUUUGACGACUGGCUGAAUGUAGAGAGAGAAAAAUUACUCGACUGCAAUGACAUAACUGGAGAACGAGCUGAUAUAUCUAGGAGACUGGCAACUUUGGCUGUGCUGAAGAAUGGACAAGCUCAGGGACUAGAACAUUUGACUAAAUUGAGAGAAUUGUUAGAAGUCGUGAUCAAGAGCACGGCUGAGAAAGGACAAGAAGCUAUCAAGAAAGAAGCUGAUGCUCUUGAGUCGGCGUUACAUCAGCAUCUCAGUGAGAUCGAAACCGUGGAAGCUAAACAGAAUGCAGCUCUUCAAAAGUGGCAAGACUUUGAGGAACAACUGGACGUCCAUACCAAGUGGUUCCGUACUAUCGAGGCAGUUUUUCGUGACCAACAGCUUCAAGCAACUUUGAAGGACAAAGAAGAUCGAUUACAAUUGUUUAAAAAUAAACGUGAUAUUAUUUUGAAGAAAGAGAAAGAAAUUGAUGAGUUUGUUGACAAAUCCCACGGACUACUAAACGCCAGUGGAGUUGAAAGAAUUAAACCAGCGAUAUCUCAGAUCAGUAAUCGAUACCAAUCAUUGCAUGUAUUGAGUAAAGAAGUAGUUGAUCGCUGUCGCGCAAUCGUUGACGAGCACAGAGAAUUUGAAGACAAGUUGAAAGCUGUUGAUGUCUGGUUGACUCCACUGGAGCAAAAUCUUGCUGCGUUGAAGAAAGACGAACUGGGAGGCGACUUUGAAGCUAAAGGAUCGCGACUGAAAAUGCUGCUAGCUGAACGUGAUCAAGCUACCAGCCGACUUACAGCAUUGACUGCCGCUGGAGAACGUAUCUUACCUGCGACUUCAGCUCAGGGACGUGAAACAAUUCGCCAUGAGUUGAGGCACGCACGUGAACGGUGGGAUAAUUUGACUGAAGGAAUUUCAGAGCAGCAGAAGAAACAAGACGCCCAGUCACUGCAGUGGUCAAGUUAUCAGGAAACUCUUCAACAUAUUUCCGCUUGGCUGGAUAACAUGGAACGCGCUAUGAAACAAGACUCUUCUACUUCGUCCACUCACCAAGAGGUCCGUUCCAGGUUACUCAAGAGCAAAACUCUUCAUCAAGAAAUUUUGGCCCACAAAAGAAUCGUCGAAGCAAUAUCGGAAAAAGCUAAUGCAUUGACUCAAGCGCCUGCUGACGUAAAAGAUGCCGUUGUCACGGUUUCAAAACGUUAUGAAUCACUAGUAGACGCUUCCCAAAAAGGAAUAGCCAGUUUAGAAAGACUGUCCGAGAUCUUCCAGCAGUUACAUGAUCUCCAAAAAGCUUAUCAAGACUACCAGAAACAGCAGUGGGAUAAAUUGGCCAAUUACAAUGAUUACACCGGUAACAAAGCUGCUUUGCAAGCGAGACUGGCUAAAGUUAUCGAGAUUCAGGACGAGCAAACUGAAGGUGAACUUAAACUUAACGUCCUAGAAAAACAUGUUAAGCAGAAUAGUUCUAAUUUGCCACCUAGAGCUCAAGAAUCUACUGAACGUGAUCUUGCUAAUCUCAGAUUCGAGAGUAAGAAAUUCGCAACUGCAGUCAGCGACGUGAUUCGGUCUCUGGAAGAAAGAAUUCAGCAGUGGAGCGAGUAUGAAAAUGCUCUGGAACGUCUUCUGGCCUGGUUGUCGGAAGCGGAAACGAUUUUGAAGAACUACACGUUGAAAAAUACAAUAGAGGAGAAGCAAGAGCAGCUUGAAAAAUAUCAGGAACUACUUAAAAUAUCGGAAUCAAGGAAUAGAGAUGUGACAGAACUGGUCUCACUGGGUGAUCAUCUUGAACAAUCGCUGAUCGUCAAUUUACGGAGUCAUGAGGCGGAGUUUGAUAAAAUGAGCGACAAUUCAUCUGAAUUGAUUGAAACAAGCGGGGAAUCGAGAUUUUCUGCCAACGUCCAGCAAGUUACUUCACGGUUCCAGUCUAUCCAAGCAACUGCCAAGGAACUGGUUAAAAAAUGCGAGCAAGCAACUCAAGAUCACGCCGCGUACUUGGAACGUUAUAAGCAAUGCACAGACUGGUUAGCAGCUUCUCAAGCUCAGUAUCAGGCAUCAAGAGACACUAGUAAUGCUACAAAGCAAGAUUUGAUCAGCAACGGAGAUAGUUUACGUGAAUUAUUAUCUCGCAUCACUGCUGGAACUCUUUUAGUUAACAACACAGUCGAAGCGGGAGAACGUUUGUACCCAACAACUGGAUCAGAAGGUCGUGAAAUAAUUCGCCAGCAGCUUUUAGACCUUCAGCAGGCACUCGAGUCUUUAGUCGACGGAGUAUCGUCAACCGAACGCGAUAUCCAAGUGAAGAUUUCCCGUUGGCUUGGGUUCGAUGACUGUAGCGGCAGUUUUGAAAAAUGGCUGUCGCAGAUGGAGAAGCGAAUAAAACCAGAGUUGGAAUUGAAAACAACGUUGGAUGAAAAACGAAUUCAGUUGCAGAUUUAUAGAGAUUCUCUUCAUGACAUACAGAGUCAUCAGGAAGAUCUUCUGGCUUUGAGAGACAAGUCGGAUAAUUUGCCAGACAAAACUGACAAGACUGAUAAAAUUAUAACUGAUUUAACUAAACGUUACUCGUCAAUCUUGAAACGCGUGCAAGGAUUUGUUGAAAAAUACGAGGCAAUUGUCAGCGAUCAUCAGCAGUACAGUAAAGCUGUGUUAGAAACCCACGAGUGGUUGGACGCGACUCACAACGCUGUUAGUCUCUGGGGUGAUACUGAUCUAGAACGUGUAUCACUUCACACUAACAUCGAUCGGCUUAAAAAUUUACUUCACACGCUACCGGAAGAUCAGCCGCGCAUUCAGCAGAUAAGAGUAUUGGGUGAGAAAGUAAUACCUGGAACUCUAGAGUCCGGGCAAGUUAAUAUUAGAUCCCAGAUUGAUUCAUCGCAACAGGAAUGGGAAGGUCUGGUGUCGGCGAUUAAAUCAACAAUUGAAGUUAUUGAGAAUAAAUUGCAGCAGUGGCAUGAAUUUGAAGCUUUGAAAGAAAAAUGUUUGGAUUGGAUACGUGAUACUGAUACCAAAUUGCACGCAGUUGAUCUAAAAUCAACUUUGCCAGAGAAAAAAGAACAGCUCGAACAGUUACGUGUGUUGCAGGGUGAAGUCAGAGCAAAGGAAUUAGAAAUUGAUGCGGUAACUGAACGUGCGCAACAACUACAGAAAAAUAUGACAUCACGUACGUCAAAUAUACCCGAGCUUGGUAUCAAAUAUCAACAGAUUUCGAGCAAAGUCAAGGAUUUAAAUAACCGGUGGCAUCAGUACGUGAGCAAUCACCAAGACUUUGAUAAUAAUCUUGCGGCGUGCAUCAAUUGGCUCGAGGGAAUUCGCGAGAAGCUCGCAUACUCCUCAGACUUGAGUGCUCUGUCCCAGAAGGAUUUAGAAAGUAAGAUGGAAACAGUACAGGAUUUACUUCUGUAUAAAGAAGAUGGAUUUUCCAAAAUCCAAGGUAUUGUUGAGUUGGCCCAAACUGUCCUGGCAAACACGGCUCCAGCUGGUCACCAAGCGAUCAAUGAAGCGGUAGUACGUCUACAAGAGCAAUGGAGCGCGUUGACAACACAAAUGCUUGAGACUAAAACAAAUCUUGAUGAUUCUAUCAACAAAUGGGCUGGAUUAUUGGAACAAAUACAAAUGAUAAACAAAACUGUUGAGUUAAUGAAAAAUUCUCUGGGAGAAAUAUUGCCGUUCCAGUCAACGAUGACGGAGAAACGUAACCAGCUUGAACGUAUCAAAGCCUUGGAAGAAAAAGUCAGAUGUGAAAAUAUUGAGGUAGAUAAUUUGAAGUCGAAGUUUGCUGAGAUGAUUGCUAGUGGUCAGCAAGGACUGGCCGCUUCGCAGGCUCAGGAUACUUUGAAUAAAUUCGAUCAGCUGUUUGAAAAAAUAAAGUCGCUGCUUGCUGAGCGUGAGGAUCAGUACAAAGACCACAAGCGUUACAAAGAAGCGCAUGAUGAUUUGAUUGCGUGGUUGAGCAGAGCCAGAGAAAAGAUUCCGUCUAUGAAGCAGCGGACACUCAGUGACAAGUUGGCGGUGGAGAAUGCGGUCGCUCCGCUUGAGAGUUUGCUCAAUAAAAAAGCUCAAGGUGAAUUGCUGGUUGAACAUCUGCAGCACACUGGAGAAGUCGUUUGCGCCAGCACUAGUCCACAAGGUGGGGAAAUAAUUCGCAAUGAGAUCCGCGCGCUGAGUGAAAGCUUCGAGAGUUUGUUCAAAGAGGUGCAGCAUCAGAAGAGUUUGCUGGAGAGUACCGUCAGCCAGUGGCGUGAUUACAAAGACGAGUAUGAGAGAUUGAGUGAUUGGUUACAGCAGUUUGAUAUUUUGAUAAAAGCUCAGAAGAACGCGUUGCUGCCCAAUGUUGUGGAGAAGGAGAAACAGGUUAAAGAGGUCCGUGAUAUUCUUGAUAAUCUUGAAAAAGGCCAAGAACAAAUUGAUAAGUUCAAUAAAUCAGCAUCCGUUUUACUUUCUUCCCACUUGGAUACUUAUAUAAAUAAUCAACUUCGUCACCUUAACUCGCGUUAUCAAGUUCAGGUUAAUUUGGCUAAAGAUGUUUUGAAUAAAGUGGAGACUAAUUUGUCCCAACAUCAAGAGUAUGAAGCUAACUUGGGCAAAACUAGGGCAUGGAUUGAUAAUGCCAAGCAAAUCAUACGUCAAGGAACGGAAGCAGCUUCGUCAAGCAGCCGGGAAGAGUUGCAGGAACGAUUAGAAAAAAUUCAAGAGCUACUGAAAAAAUUAGAGGAAGGCCAAAACCUCGUGCACUUGACUGUCAAUUGUGGGGAAAAGGUUGCGAGGAACACGCGAUCUGAUGGACGAGAAGAGAUAAAUAAUCAGUUGAAAGAAAUUCAAAAUGAUUGGGAACGAUUGGUUAAGAAAAUAUCAACGACUAAAGUUCAUUUAGAGACUAGUUUACUCCAGUGGGCUGAUUACAGUUCAUCGUACUCACAAUUGCAGCAGUGGAUUAACGAUCGCGAAGCGAAAUUGCAACAAGUGUGCGAGCAAAAAGUUUCGAAAGCUAAAAAAGGUCUUGCUGGACUUAAUUCACUGGCUAUUGGCGAACGCAAAGCUAAUUUACGACAGACGAAUAGUAUUAUGCAGGAUAUUGUUGCCUUUGAACCGAUGAUUCAGUCAGUUACUACUAAAGCUGAAGAUUUGCAGCAGGCAACACCUGCUACGGAGAUUUCAAUAAAAUAUGAGACUCUUAGUAAGCAGGCACAAGAGUUGUAUGCCAAGCAGAAGGAAACUGUUGAGCAGCAUCAAGCUUUCGUUGACAGCGGCACUGAAUUUGUUCAGUGGAUAAGAGUUGCCAAAGAAAGACUGGGCAAGUGUUCUGAACCUACUGGUGACAAAGAAUCGCUGUCAAGUAAAAUAACUCAGCUGAAAGUACUGCAGAGUGAACUUCCAGAGGGACAACAGAAGUUGGAGAAGGCUUUAGAACGCGGUAAUGCUGCUUGUCAGAUAGCUGAUGCAGAAGAUAAGGAAAUAAUUGAAGAAGACGUCGCUAUGCUGCAAGAAGAGUAUGAUAAUUAUGUCGAUUCGUUGAAUAAUACCAAGAGUCUGCUUGAAGUUGGCAUUGUCAAGUGGACAGAGUACGAGGACCAGUACUCUGAAGCAACCGAGUGGCUGAAUCAGACUGAACAGCUUGUGCAGACUUUCAAUAAGCUCCAAGAUAGUUUGGAAGAGAAGAAGAAUGUUCUUGAACGCUUCCAAGUACACUUACAGACUUUGUUUGAUUGGCAAAAGGAGUUGGAUCGGUUGAAUAUGAAAGCCCAGAUGCUGCUGGAGACUUGUGCGGACACUAGGAUUUCAAAUCAAGUUACUCAGCUUACUACUAAGUACAAUGCGCUGCUGUCGUUAGCUAAAGAAAUAAUGCGGCGACUGGAGCUGCAUUAUCAAGAGCACCAGCAGCACAAUACGCUUUAUCAGGAGUGCCAAGAUUGGAUUGACCGAACGCGGGACAAGUUGGGAGAAUGCAAAGACGUAUCAGCAACUUUGAAUGAGGUUAACAAUAAAUUGAAUAUGUGCAAAGCGAUACGACAGACGUUAGAACAGGGUCAGAAUAAAUUGAGAUACGCAUUGGAACUUAAGGAACGUGUUAUUAUGAAUACUGAGCAGAAUGGCGCGGCUAAGAUUCAAGAGGACACGGAAAAUCUUAAAGCGGAGUUCGAUAAACUUAUGGUAGAUGUUGAGGAUGCGAGACAGAAGCUCUCAACGCGGGCUACUUCGCUUGAAGAAUUGGGUAAAUUGUAUCGGCUGAUCACUGAUUGGAUUGAUGAGAUUGAUGUCAAGAUAAGACCUGACGAAACCUACAGGAAUGAUUUGAGCGAAAAAAGAAUGCUGUUGGAGAAAUAUAGAACUGCACAGCGCGAUAUUCAGGGACACAGUGAUACGAUUGAUCGACUGAAGUCGCGCUUACAUGAAGACAGUACUAUUCCAAGAGAACCUUAUGAAACAACGAUCGCUAAAUACGACGAAUUGAGAAGAUUAGUUGCGGAGAAAAUCAAUAAUUUGGAGGAUCAAGUUAGGGAACACGAGAGAUUCCAACAGGCGCAGAAUGAAGCUGCGGAUUGGGUUAGAAAGACUAAGGUUGAAGUCCAGCAGUACAGCAUGACUCAAGGUGAACGCCCAAAGAUAGUAGAGCGGGAGAAAAAGAUCAGCGAGAUCGUUGAUUCUAUGCCUAAAGGCGAGGCGCUUAUUUCAAAAGUAAUGGAUAUCAGUGAGUCAGUUAUCUCGUCGACGGGCGCAGAAGGUCAAGACGCAAUACGUCAAGAAGUACGACAGCUUCAGCUUGAUUGGAAGUCAUUACAAACACAAUGCCAAGAGUCUCAAAAAAUUCUUGCUAAUUGCAUUACCAUGUGGUCACAAUUUACCACCGCGAUGGAGAGCAUGAAGAAUUGGCUGGAUCAGUUCCAGAAGAAAGUUACUGAUGAACAGUCAAAAGAAAACAAAACACCACAGGAUUUAGAACGGUGCAAGGCGUUGGUUGAUGAGGCAGUUCGCCAGAAACCAGUGCUGGAAGAGUUGAAUGAUAAAUGUGAAACACUUUUGGAAUUAAGUGCGUGCAGCUGGGCGAGAGAUAAAACCGUGCAGUUGCAAUCAGCGUACACGACAUUGUUGACUGAAGCACAGGGACUGGUUUCGAAGGUAGAGAAAAAUUUAUCAGACCACACGGAGUUCUUGAAGGCGAGAAAAGAGAUGGAAGAAUGGCUACAAACUGCUCACGGGUCAAUUCAAGACUGCGUGGGCGUCGGAGAUGUUACUUGGGCGCGCGAUAAAUUGGAAACAACUCGUGUUGUUGCAACAAGAAUUACCGAAGGUCAACAUUUACUUUCGACGUUGAAAAAUGCAUUCGCCAAGGCAAUAAAUACUGCGUUACCAGAACAACAGGAGCAAUUGAGAACAGACAUGGCUAAAUUGACAUCCAACUGGGAGCAAUUGAAUAUGGAUUUAAAUACAGUCCAAGCUCAGGUAAAAGCAACAUUGACCCGCUGGGAAGAUCAUGCCGAAGUCUACGAGCGGCUUAAAAAAUGGCUGAGUGAUACAGAGAAGUCUCUAGAGACUUUGCCAGACACAAAGGGCGAGAUCGGCGAGAUGAAGACGUUACUUGAGCGCUACAGACAUAUUCAAGAAGAAGUAAAAGCCAAGAAAACUGAUUUAGAUCAACUGCUCGAGGAGUCGAUCGAGUUGUCCGGGUGGGCGAAGAAUAAUGCAACUCAAGACCAAGCUAAUGACCUUCUCAGCCGUUGGAAAUCACUGGGACUGCUAGUAGACGAGCAGAAACGCCUCGUUGAAAAUGAAAUGGACGAGUACACCAUGUACCAUACCGCGCUCCAGGAAACAGAGAAGUGGCUGCUUCAAGUUUCAUUCCAAUUGAUGGCCCAUAAUUCCAGAUACAUUACCAGCAAAGAACAGACACUCGAGCAAAUAAAAGCUCACGACGCUCUGUUAGAUGACAUCCGUAAUUACCAGCAUGACCUGGAUGAUUUGAAAGACAAAGGACAGCAUCAAAUUGAUCGCUACAUCUCAGCGAAUCCCAACAUCAAGCCUACCAUCGAAACUCAGUUGCAAAAUGUCCAAGAGAGUUACAAUUCUCUUCUCAAUACAGCGAUUCAGAUUAAGAAUCGUUUGGAUGAAUCGCUAGCCAAGUUUGCCGAGUACGAAAGAACUCUAGAGAGUAUAAUGAAAAAUUUGGAUACCUACGAACCGGAAAUAGUCCGAGAACUAGAGGCGCCUCUGGAUACUCUAGAGUCUGCGGAAAAAAGUCUCGAGAGUGCUCGCAUGCUGCACAAUAAAUUGCAGGCUGAAAAAACGCGACUAGCGGUCGCUGUUGAGGCUUGUGAAGCUGCCGCCGCCUGUGUUUCGCGUCCUGGCAGCCCUCUGGAUGCCCCGGCCAUCCAAAUACCCUCGAGGGAAAUCGAAGUACGCACGAGACUCGAAGAUUUGAUCGAUCAGAAAGAUAAUCGAGAUACUGGCGACAGGCUGAAAGCAUUGUUUCGUGUUAUUGAAGAAAAAGGCUUCUUAGUCAAACUUAAUCAUAUGUGCGAGAAGAUGCAAACACAUCUGGCGAAUGUAUCAAAGGCUGUGGGAGAAUUAGAGGAGCAAGCGCACCAAAAGAAUGAUUUGAAAGCAUGGAUUAAUCAGCAACGUGCAUUGUGUGCUGAGUGGAAAUCCCGGCCUGCUAAAUUGCGCUCAGAGGCGGCCCAAGCUGAGCUUCAGGCGAUGAACGAACUCCUGGGAAGUAUUGGAGAAAGACGAUCACGUGCUCUGGCGGAAUUGUCACUGCGACCGGAAGACAAUAUUGAGGAAGGUCUCGAUAAGCUGGAGACCGAAUUGAUGGAAGCUAUUGCUGACAAACAAGCGACGCAGGAACUGAUACAGAAGUAUCGGUCCCAGGUUCAGGAUAUUCAGAGCUGGUUCGACGGGUUGUCUAAGAAAGUUGACGUUAUUGAGAAAGGCAAUGGAUUGACGAUAGGUCAAAAAAUAUCGGCAGUCAAGGCAAUCAUCUCGGACUUUGAGACUCAAGGUCCUGGUAGACUGGAUCAAGUUAAAAAAUUAGGAGACCAAGUGAUGGAUUCCGUUAGUAAUUUGGAUUCUCAGCAAAUUGAGGAGCAGAUUAAAUCUGUUGAUCGAAGAUACGCUGAUGUUAACAAGAAGUUGGUGAGGAAGAGUCAGGUGCUGGAUAUGACUGCUCAGGGCAUCGAGGCGACGCGCAAAGAGAUCGAGGACAAUCGCGAGUGGAUAAGUUUAAAGAAACAGCAGGCGCGGACAACGGAAUCUCUUGGUUUUGAGUGUAAGCCAGCGGAUGAUAGAGUCCUGACUUUGAAAGCAAUGCUCAAGGAAGCUGAAAAUAAACAAGUGAUCGUUGACACGCUGGAAAAACGGGUCGGGAAUAUGCAGAAUGAGCUUGAAGCAAGCGAACAACAGGAGUUGGAAUCCAAGGCCCGGGCACUGCGGACUGAACAAGUUGAACUCUGUUCAAUUUUACGUGAAGAAAUUUCCGGAGCCACUGCUGCUGCAGAUGCUAGACACAAACUUGAAACAGACUUCGAACGCGCGCGUCUGUGGAUAAAGGCCAAGCACAACGAUCUCAAAAAACUAAGCGGUUAUCUUCCUUUGAGAUCCACCAAAGUCGAGCAGGAUAUCGUUCAUCACAAUGAAAUUGACAGCGAUAUAAAUUCAUUCAACGAGAACAAUCUUAAAGAUGUUUUGAAGCAAGCCAACAGUUUGAUGCGUGACUGCAAUGAAGGAGACCGCGUGAAGCUUCAAGCUCUACUGGAUAAUUUGAAUGAGGAUUACGAUGCGUUGAAGAAAGAAGCUGCUGAGAAGCAAGCCUCGUUGGCGGAUUUGUUGCAAGGUCGCAAGGCCUUUGAAAAUGAAAUAGAUAGGUGCCAAAGGUGGAUCAAAGAAGCUGAGACAGCCACUUCGUCGGAUGUAAGAACGUCAAGUGUUGAUGUGCUUAGAGAGCAACUUGCCAAGUACGAUAGAUUGAAGCAAGAAGCUAAAGCCUUUGGUGAAGACGUCGAGAAGAUAAUGCAGCAGGGAAAAUCAAUUCUACCGACGGUGAGCGACGCAGAUAAACUUGAGCUGAGUGAUCAAUUGAAGAGUAUGAAAGACGCACACAAUAGAGUUGCUGGCGUUAUAAAUGAACGCGCUGCUGCGUUACACAAAAGUAUCGCCGAGGCGGAAGAAGCUGCCGCGCGUGUCGCCGAAGCCGUUCAAUUUAUGUCUGACAUACAGAAGGAACUUAAUAAUUUGAAUAAGCCCAUUGGAUCACGGGUUGAAGAUGUAGAAGGAAUGCUAGUGGCUUAUGAAAAAAUUCUUGGUGAUUUGAAAGCUAACAAAGCUAAAUUGUCGGACUUGCAAUCAGCAAAUAUUGGAGACUUGCAUGGAGUAAUUGGUCAGCAGGAUGAUUUAAUUCGGGCGCUAGAAGCACAAAUAGCAAGACUCAGACAACUGCUUCUACUUCGUCAGCAAUUUAUUGCAUUGAUUACGGAAAUUAUGUCAUUUAUCGCUAAGUAUAAUGAAAUAGUUAGAGAUAUCGAGAAGCAGGAUCAAACUACUGAGGAAAAAAUAAAACGUUACGAUGAUGUUAUCUCCAAAAUUCAGGAAUGCGAGGCUACAUUGGCGAGUGCUACUGACAAAGGACAGCAGAUUGCUGCUGAUGGAUCUGCGGUUGAUAGAAAUAAUGUUACAGAACAACUACAGUCGCUCAAACAACAACUACAGGGCUUGAGACGUGCAGUUGAGAUGCAGCGAGAGCAGCAUGAGCUAGCGGCUGCCGAGCACAAGCGAUUAGCUGAAGAGCUUGCGGAGAUUCUCGACUGGCUGGAGAACAAAGAAAAGGAAAUAAAGUCUCGUCCGUUGCUAGAUCGCGCGGUUGAAAGUGUCGAAAGUGAAAUUCAAAAGCAUAAAUUGCUUUGCGGUUCAGUUAAUGAAUAUUUGGACAGAAUGAGACAGCUAAAGGAGUCGGUUAAACACGAAGAGGGCAUGCCGGGUUCACUUAAAGAAAUGCUUAGCGAAGCAGUGUCUCUGCUGUCAUCAUUACCACGAGAAAUGGAAGAUCGCGAGACUUAUCUCGAUUCCAACUUGCAAAUGCGUUUAAAUUACGGACAACUGGCAGAUAAAUUUCACAAUUGGGUACGUGAAGCCGAGAUACGUCUGCAAAGUGACAAAGACGGACUUGACUUUGAGAAUAUCGUCAGUGAUUUAGAGGAACACAAAAUAUACUUCAGCUCCGAAGCUUCUAUUCGUGAGCUGGUGUCCCAGCAAAUUCAACAAGCAGCUGACAAAGUUUGGCCGUCUUUGAACAGCGCCGAGCAAGAAGAGCUGAGUCUCGAGCAACAGCAACAUCUCCAGUUACUAAAGAACACUUUGAAUACUGCUAAAUCUCAUCGUGCUAGAUUAGAACAAGGCGCAGACACGUGGCGUGAUUACACGCAGACUUUAGAAAGAGUUAAAGCGGUAAUUGGACGAUCCCGAUUCACCGACGAACCCGUUACCACCCUCGCGGGCUUGCAGUUCAAUAUCCAGAAGCUAACUCACGCGCUAAAUGAUAUCCAGAACCAGCAGUUUGAAUUGGAUCUUCUAAACGAACGUGGACAGGAAAUUUUGACGCUCGCUGAUGCUAAUAACAAGCAAACUAUCAAAGCCCAUCUUGAAGAAACAAGUGCUCAGUGGAAAAAACUCGUCAGUGGACUGGAGGGCCGUCGCGAGGCCUUGGAGGCGCUUUCUAAACACUGGGAAGAUCUCGAGGCUCGACUAAAUCACACGGAAACAAAACUUAAUGCCAUAGAGGAAAGAAGUAAACUCGUCGACUGCAUCGUCAGGUCUAAGCAUCACAUCAAGGAUACCAUAAAAUCACUCGACGAGUUAGUAGUGGAAGCUGAGAAAUUGAUUCCAGUGACCGAGGAAAUAAAAGAACUCGCUGGACCGGUAAUUGAAUAUCUGUCAGCAUUUACCGAAGCAUCAGCACGUGGUCUUGAAGAACGUCUAGACAAACUUCACAGUACUGCGGAAACGCUUGUCAGCUCACUUGACAUAAAAUCUAAAAAAGCACGUCAAGAUCUCGACUUAUUGAAAGCAGACGAGCAAGAAAUAAAACGUCUGCAAGAUAAAUUAGAACGUGUACACGAAGAAAUUAAAAUUUUCUACGUCUUUGGGGUUGACCAAGAGGCAAUUGAAGAUUCGUUAAUAAAGCAACGGGAAUUUUUACUGGAAUUAAUUGACGAAAUAAAAAAAUUUUCUGGCAACACUAAGGCGCGGUACCAAACGAGCCAGCAGUUGGUACCAAGUGACCUCGCACAGAAAUUAGCGUCUUUGGAACUCAGUGCCGAGGGUGCCGUACAAGCAAUGGAGGAAAAACAGCGAGAGCAGAAACGCGCGAGGACGAUUCGCACUGACUACUUGGCCGACGUUGACGAGCUCCAGGCCUGGAUACGUCAAGCCGAGCUUAAAGUCCAAGACAGAUCUGUAGAGCCACUUAAAUUACGUGAAUUUUUACGACAGAUUCAAACGGAGCUUACUCCGAUGACAGACAAAUGCGAGCGAAUGACGAAAAACGGACGCACGAUUAUCGAAAAUACCCGCGACGAGAACGAAAAAGAAAUGAUUGGUAAGACGAUUGCCAAUUUGACCGAACAAUUGGGACAGGUCAAGUCCUGGCUCGAGGAAAAAAAGCAACAGGUGGGCGACUCUCUGGACGCUUGGCAACGGUUCCUUGUUCUUUACGAGUCUGUCAGAGCGUGGACUGAGGAAAAGAGGGUCUUUUUAAAGGAGCCUCUUAAACUCAGUACUCUGGUACAGACUCGUCAGAGGUUACAUGAUUACUCGACGGCUGUUAAAAGUUGUAAGCAAGUUAACAAGAACUUGAGUGAUAUGGGCAAAGAACUAGAAGUUAUUGGGCAAUUUACUAGCGUAGGCGAUUUACCGGAAAAACUCGCUCAGGCCGAAGAGGCCAAGGUUGAAGUUGAAGGUCAAUUAUUAGAAAGGAACGCAUUACUGCAAGAAGCGAGCGAAGAAUGGGAACAGUGUGAGAAAAAAUUCAAAGACGUUAAAACGUGGUUAGAAAAAGCAAAACAGAGUUUAGAGUCUGCGCAAAACAAAAAGAAACCACUGAGAGACCAACAUGCGAUUAGAGAAAAAAUGCUCAGUGAUAUCGCGAUACAGAAAACUAAAAUAUCAUUUUCGGUUGAAAAACUUCAGGUACACUUUAAGACCGGAAUUGGCGGCGACAAUAAAAUCGCCGAAACUGCCGAUGAUAUGAUAAAUGAGCUAAACCUACUCAAUGAUACGGUAAAAGAACAAACUGCGUCUUUGGAAUCUUGUCUCACGCAAAUAGAUCAGUACCAACAGGAAAUACAACAAAUAAGACACCAAAUAAUUCAAGUUGAACAGCAAUUACGUUCGGCUUUAAGUCCGACUUAUUUACCAAAUGACCGUGAAAGAGCUAUGCAAGAGCAACAGGCCUUGCAGACACAAAUGGAGACGUGGCGUCAACGAACGAGGCUGUUGGUGGACGAGAUUCACAAAGUCGAUCCUUACUACUCAUUUCCUGGUGAACUGACUCCACGAGUAACGGGACUUGCUUCUUAUGCAGACAUUGCAGCUGGUCGAUCUACUCCUAAUUCAAGAGACACUAGUCCUUAUCGCGUACAACAGGAAUCUGGUUCAAGUCAGACUGCGCCGCAGCAUCAGAUUCAUCGGCCACAAGUUAUUCGUCCUCAGAGUGGACAAGUUUCUCAAAUACCUCAACCACAAAUACCUCAGAUACCUCAAGUACCUCAAAUAAAUGAACCAGAGAAAGAAAAAAUCGAGAGAGAAGGUAAAAAAGCAUCUAAACGACGAGGACGAUCACCAACACGCAGCAACAGGAAAAAGAUUGUUGAUGUUCCGGAGAUUAAAGUCACUGGUAAAGAAGCUGCUGUUCAAGAACGCGUUUCUUUUGAAACUAAGGAACAUAUUUCAACUAGUCUUGCAGCGCAUGAUCCUCGCAGAAGAUCACCAAGUCCUAUUUGGAUACCUGGGUCUACUUCUUACGCUGAUAUUCUGCGUAAAGCUCAAGGUCCUGGUUCUUAUACCACUGAGUCACCGGAACAUGAUUAUGGUAUGAUUAUGCUGACGAAAGAACGUAGAGAAAGUAUCGGAUCAAGUGAAAAAUCUGUUUCGGAAGAAAUUCACCAGAUAGAAAAAUCAGCGAUCAGAGAUGUUGAGACUCCUGGUGAUAAGUAUCAAGUUAUUAAUCAAGACAGUCGAAAUUUGAGUAAAGAAAGGUGGUCAGAAAAUACAUUGAACCAGAGCUCAAUGAUGGAGAAUAAAUUUGAAAUGCCAGUAAAUCAAUCGGAAGUGUAUGAAUACAAUGCACCGAUGACGGAUGUUGUUGACAUUGGAACUGGAGUUAAUUUUUUCAAUACCGGACUUGAUUAUCCUGUUGGUUCUUAUGUUUAUCCAGCAGCAAGUCAUCAACAGCAGUUGCAAGCUAUCUAUGACACUCAUAUGAGAUACACUGCGCAAUUUAUCACUCAACAAGAUUACCUAACAACUGAGAGUCAGGAUUCCUAUUUACAGAUGUGCGGAAUUCAGAAUCAACAGUGCCCGCAAAGUGAAAUGAUUUAUGAUAAUUCGGUAAUUCUUGGUGAUGCAAUGCCGCGUCAAGUUUGUCAAAGCCAAGUGCAAGAUCAUGUGAGUGUUGUUGAUAGUUCUGUUAGUUUGCCAGAAAAUAAUAAGACAAUUGAAGUUAAUGAGAGUGUGGAAGUUAAAGAGGGAGACAGCGAACCGAAGGAGAAGAUGGGUGACGAAGAUGUUGGAGAGGUGGAACAAGUUCAAACCGAAGUUAGAGCAUCUUCUAUUUCUUAUGCUAAAAUUUUGUCUCAAGGUUUGCCUGCACGUACAACUCCGUCACCACCGACAAAUAAAUUUAUUGAGGAAUCUAGUCAGCAAAGUUUACAGACUGCUCAUGAAAUUAUUAAGCCAGAUGCCAGAAUUGUUAAAAAAGAUGUUGAUAGUGAGCCAGAUGUCGAUAGUGGUAAGAAAAAUAAGGAUGGUAGAAAUUGGGGAACGAUUAAGAAAAAAGAUUCAAGGAGAAAAGGUCAGGAAGAUAAAGUUAAGGUCGAAGGGGUUAAAGAAAAUUCGAGGGAUAAGAAACAGAAAAAACAAUUUGAAGCGAUGGGAAAAAGUGAAAAAAUAGGGAAGAAUAUUCAGGAAAAAAUUAGUGAGACAAGUAAAAUUGUUGAGAGUAUCGUUAGUGAGAAAAAUGAUGAUAAUGUAAAGGAAGUUGUUGAUAAAAUGCAGAAAGAUGAUAAUUUAAAUGGUAAUAUUGAAAAAGAUAAAAAACGUAAACAUAAAAAGAAGAAAUCAGAUAAAUCUCGUGAGGAUGAAAUUGAUAAGGCUCUUAAAGAGAUUGCUGAUAUGGAGAAACAAAAAGUUAAAGAUAAGGUGAAAGAGAAAGAACAGAAACCUAAAGAAAGUGAAAAUAAAAUUGAAGAAAUUCAAAAGGUUGAUAAAGUUAAGAAGAUAAAAGGUAAAGGUGAUAAAGAUAUUGGGGAAGAACAAGCGAAAGAAGUGAGCAAAGUUGGGGAUGAAGUUAAAUUUGAAGAGCCAAAGAAAUCUAAGAGUAAGAAAAAUAAAGAAGCUAAAUCUGGUGAGAAAGUUGCUGGUGAAGAAAUAAGGAAAGAUAGUAAAGAAAAAUUAGACAUUAAGACUUUGGAAGAAGUCAAGGUAGAGACGAUAAAAGUGGAGGAAGUGAAGAAUGGAAUUAAAGAUGAUAAAGUUUUUGAGGAAAAAAAUGUUAAGGGUAGUAAAGAAAAGAAACAGAAGAAGAAGAAAGAUGAUAAACUAAUUAAAGUUAAGGAGGAAGUGAUGGUUGAAUCGCGGGAAGAAAUAAAAGAUGAAGAUAUCAAAGAUUUGUCUGCUAAAGUAGCUGAUAAAGUAGAAAAUAAAGGCUUAGAAGAAAAAAUGGUUCAGCCGACAGUUGAAGUGAAGCAAAAGAAGAAGAAGGGUGACAAAGCGCAGCCGAAAAUUGAUAAGCCAGAUUUGAAAGAUAAGUCAGUGGCUGAAGAAAUUAAGCAGGAAGAAAUAAAAGUUGAUAAAGUGGAUACUAAAAUUCCUGAUGAAAAAUCACAGGAAGCACCGAGUAAGCAAAAGAAGAAGAAAGGUGAUAAAUCACAGUCAAAAAUUGAGAAAUCAGAUUUUAAGGAAUCUGAUAAGAAAUUGGCUAUAGAAACGAAGCAAGAAGAGUUGAAAGAUGAUAAAGAAAAAAUAGAUUCAAAGGAGUCUAAAGAGAAAAUAACUCAGGAAGAAAACAUGAAAAAUAGUAGUAAUAAAACAGAAAUUGCUAAAGAAGAAGUAACGGUUUUAGAAGAAAAAGUGGUCCAAUCGGCGAUCGAAACGAAGCAGAAUAAGAAAAAGGGUAAUAAGUCACAUCCUAAAAUUGAAAAAUAUUCCAAGGAGUCUGAUAUAAAAUCAUUGCCUGUAGAAACGAAACAGAGCAAAGUAAAAGAUGAUAAAGAAGACAUUAAAAUUGAAAAACAAAAAUCAACAGAAUCUACGAGCAAACCAAUACCUGUUGAAAUAAAAUUAGAAGAAAAAGUUAAGAAUCAAAAAGCACAAGAUAAACAAAAGUCAGUUGAAUCUACAGACAAACCGAUUCCAGUAGACAAAAAAGUAAAAGAUGAAAAAGUAGAAGUAACCGUUGAAAAACAAAAGUCAGUGGAAUCUUUGGACCAAUCUCUGCCUGUAGAAACUAAACAAGACAAAGUGAAAAAUGAAAAACAAAAGUCAGUAGAACCAGCAACUAAAUCAAUACCUGUAGAAAUUAAACAAGACAAAGUUAAAGAUGAUAAAUUACAAAUUACAGUUGAGAAACAAAAGUCAGUAGAAUCAACAGACAAACCAAUUCCAGUAGAGAAAAAGCUAGAUGAUAAAACAGGACAAGUAAAAGUUGAAAAACAAAAAUCAGUGGAAGCUGCAGGCAAACCAACGUCUGAAACAAAAGAAAAAGUAAAGGGUACUAAGGCACCAUCUAAAAUUGAAAAGUCAGAUUCCAAGGAUUCCGAUGUAAAAUCAUUGCCUGUAGAAAGUACGCAAGGAAAAGUGAAAGAUGAUAAAGAAAUUGAUACACAAAAGUCAACGGAAUCUACAGAUAAACCAAUGCCUGUGGAAAUAAAACAAGAAGAAAAAAUAAAGGAUGAUAAAGCACAGAGUAAAGUUGAAAAAUUGGAAACAAAGUCUUCUGAUGAAAAAAUAGUUCCGGUAAUACCUGAAUCGAAACAAAAGAAGAAAAAAGGUGAUAAGCAGAGUAAAGCUGAUAAAGUGGAACCAAAAAGUCUUGAGGAGAAAUCAGUGAUAGUAAUCCCUGCGAAAACAAAAGAGGAAGACAAGAAAGAUAAUGAACCACAAACUAAAACUGAUAAAAUCGAUCCAAAAGGACUUGAAAACAAAAUAUUGACUGUAGAAACAAUACAAGAGAAGACAAAGGAUACUAAGCCAGAGAAUAAGGCUGUUAAAGUGGAACCAAAAAGUCCUGAAGAUAAAUCAGUGAAAUCACUGCCUGUAGAAACAAAACCAGAAAUUAAAGACAGUAAACCACAAACACAAAUCGCUAAAUUAGAAACAAAAGUAUCUGAAGAAAAAACAGAACCGUUGAUUCAAGAGUCAAAGCCAAAGGAUGUUAAUCAACAAAGCAAAGUCGAAAAAAUUGAAAAACCAGAAACAAAAGCUUCCGAUGAAAAAACUCAAGUGACUGAAUCAUCUAAAAAGUCGAAACAAAAAAAGAAGACAAAGGAUAGUCUUGAAACAGCAAAUGCUACACCAAAAUCUCCAGAUUCUGAAAAAGUAAUUCAAUCACCAGUUAAAGAAAAAAUGCACGAACCACUUGUUAAAUCAGAAUCAAAAGUUUCUGAGGAAACUAAACCAACUGAAAAAGUGAAGCAACCAGAAACAAAUAAAGAUGUCAAACAAAAACAAAUUAAUAAACCAGAGCCAAGUGUUUCUGUUCCGAAAUCUGAGCCAUCGCCUAUAGAAAUUAAAGAAAAUGUUUCUAUUAAACAGACAUCAGAGUCACCUAAAGAUAUUAAGGAAAAACCUGAGCCAAGUGUUUCUGUUUCGAAAUCUGAGCCAUUGCCUAAAGAAAAUAUUCCUGUUAAACAGACAUCAGAGUCACCUAAAACUAUUAAGAGAAAACAAACUGAAAAACCAGAGUUAAAUGUUUCUGUUUCAAAAUCUGAGCCAUCGCCUAAAGAAAGUAAAGAAAAUGUUUCUAUUAAACAGACAUCAGAGUCACCUAAAACUAUUAAGGAAAAACAAACUGAAAAACCAGAGUCAAAUGUUUCUGUUUCAAAAUCUGAAUCAUCGCCUAAAGAAACUAAAGAAAAUGUUUCUGUUCAACAGACAUCAGAGUCACCUAAAGAUAUUAAGGGAAAACCUGAGCCAAGUAUUUCUGUUUCGAAAUCUGAGCCAUUGCCUAAAGAAAAUAUUCCUGUUAAACAGACAUCAGAGUCACCUAAAACUAUUAAGGAAAAACAAACUGAAAAACCAGAGUCAAAUGUUUCUGUUUCAAAAUCUGAAUCAUCGCCUAAAGAAAGUAAAGAAAAUGUUUCUAUUAAACAGACAUCAGAGUCACCUAAAACUAUUAAGGAAAAACAAACUGAAAAACCAGAGUCAAAUGUUUCUGUUUCAAAAUCUGAAUCAUCGCCUAAAGAAACUAAAGAAAAUGUUUCUGUUCAACAGACAUCAGAGUCACCUAAAGAUAUUAAGGGAAAACCUGAGCCAAGUAUUUCUGUUUCGAAAUCUGAGCCAUUGCCUAAAGAAAAUAUUCCUGUUAAACAGACAUCAGAGUCACCUAAAACUAUUAAGGAAAAACAAACUGAAAAACCAGAGUCAAGUGUUUCUGUUUCAAAAUCUGAACCAUCGCCUAAAGAAACUAAAGAAAAUGUUUCUGUUCAACAGGCACCAGAGUCACCUAAAAAUAUUAAAGAAAAACCUGAGCCAAGUGUUUCUGUUCCGAAACCCGAGCCAUCCAAAGAAAUAAAAGAAAACAUUCCUGCUAAACAAACCCCAGCGUCACCUAAGAAUAUUAAAGAAGAUUCUUCUGUUAAAAAAGUAUCGGAAUCAUCACCAAAAGUCACAAGACCAAAAGAGACAAAAUUAAAAAAUAAAUCAAAAAGUCAACCUCAAGAGCAAGUGGUAGUCGAGAAAAUAGCUCCAACAUACGUCGUCGAGUCUAAAGAAAUAAAAAAAUCUUCGACUGAUGUCAUAUCAAGUGACCGUAAGACAAAUCUUGACCCAUUAAAAGAAACUAGGAUACGUGGAACCGAAACAAAACACUCUAAUGGCCAUGCGGGAUCUAAGACCCAGGAAGUGAAACGCGACACUCGGGUUAAAUCUGAAGAAUCUGUGUCAAAAACAGAGAGUAUCAUUUCUCAGAUAGAUGAAUCCCAAAGUCAAAGUGCUUUGUCUGAAGAUCUGGGGAAGGCUUUGAUCAUCGAAAAAACUAUCACGACUGUCACGACCACUCGCACAGGAACUGAAGUUCUUCCGCCGACGGUUAAAUCUGAAAAAUCUGUUGAAAUUUUAGAAAAUGUUCCUCUGCCGAUCAGUACCGGAUCCAAAACACAAGAAAUUAUUUCUCUGUGUCCAGAUAUUGUGGAAGCCAAUCUCACAACAACUUACGCCGUAACAAAUAAUCCGGUAUCUGUUCCCAAAGUUGAAGUGAGCCAACCAGUAGCUCAAUUAGAUGAUAAAGAAGAUCUAAAACUUGACAAUAAAGAAAAAUCAAUUGGUAGUGUUCUUUUGAAUACUAUUAACUUGAAUGCUGGUGAUGAUGAUGACGCUCCGCUAUUUGGAAGUGUACAAAAUAGAAAAAGUAUUCGCUCAAAGGCAGACAGUACGUCAUCUUACGAGUCGAGUCAUCAGCAUGAUGUAAUUAAACCUACUUCUGAAGAAACACAAAAAGUUGAACGUGAAAUGAAAGAACAAAAGGUUGUACGUGAUGAAAAAUUGAAAACAGAUGAUAAUGACCAAUUAAAAUGCAUCGCAGAUGAUUUCAAGCAUCCUUAUUGGGCCAACUAUGAUUCUUAUCGUGACGCCGAAAAGAAUUUAUAUCAAAAUUUCAAAGUCGUACGUGUUAUGGAACCUCAGACGCUGAGCUCAUCGAUGCCGAAAUCGAGUAGUUUGGAGAGGAUUGCACAGGAAGCAUUUAUGGAUCAUGCAAGGACAGACGCAGCUAAAAAAUCAAAACAGGCGAAAAAUGUUAAAGGAAUUAAAGUUGAAAAUAAAUCACAAGUUACGGAAUUAAGUCGUUUGGAAAUUCAAUCAGCGGAAAAUGAAGCCGUGAAAGUUGGAGAAGAGAAAUCUCAGAUUAAGAAAGAAAAUGAAGGAAAAGCUGAAGAAAUUAAGGAUUCAAAUAAAACUUUAGAAGCGAGUAAUGUUAUUACUGAUGUAAAAAAGGAAACUGUAAAAGAAAAACCAAAGAUUCAUUUAGUCGCUGAUGAUUCAUGGAUGGAUAUUUUAGAUGAACCAAUGGUGAUUGAUGAUGAUUUUGAUGAUGAAAUACCUGAUAGCAAAAUUGUUGAAAAAUCUUCUGAAAAAAUACAAGCAUCGGUGGGAAUUAGUAGCCAAGUAACUGAAGUAAUAGAAAAAUCUGUUGAGUUUUCUGAAAGUAAAGAAACUCAGCCAUCAACACCAACAUCUACUGAGAUGUCUCGUAAAAAAUCAAAGAAACAGAAGAAAAAAGACAAUGCGCUGAAGCAGAAAGAAGGUGAAACUGAAAAAAUAUCUGGUAAAAAAGAUGAAAUUGUGGAAAAAGAUAAUCUGCAUCCAUUAGAAAAAUCUUUUGGUGAAGUUGCCGCUAAGUCUUCAACUCCGUCGCCUGAUAAUGCUGAAGAAAUAAACAAGCCUGAAGGUAUAGUCAAAUCUGAAGCAAUCAAACAAAAAUUAACUGGAAAAUCAGCUGAUGGGACUAAAGAAACUUCUCAGGAGAAUAAAAAAUCUGCUGAUGUCACUGAGUCUGAUUCUUGGGCUGCGAUCGCUGCUAAGAAUGUUGAGGUUCCCGAGAAUGUGAAACCUGCUGCUGUAAAAAGUUCAGAAAAAAUAGAACAGCCGAAAUCUCAGGUACAAAUAGUCGUUGAAGAAGUAAUUGCUCCGGAACCCAUUGAAAAUUUGGUCCAAGUUGAUGAUCAAGGAUUCAUGGAGUAUGUAAACCGAAAGGAAUUACGUUCGAGACGAUCUAGAUCUAGGUCCAGGUCGAGAAGUCAGAGACGCGAUGAUACUGCUCAGGUAGUAGAAGGAUCAGCUGAUGUUGGUAGAAAACUUGCUGAAGGAACUCAAGAACGUAUUUCUUUGAUUGAUACUACGGUGAGUGGUGGAGAAUCAACUGAAAUUGGUAAAGAAGAAAGUAAAAGAAAAGCUGAAGUUGUUGAAAGCGAGCAGACUUUUAAAGGAAAAUCAAAGCAGAAGAAAAAGCAGAAGGAAAAAGAAUUGAAGGCAGAGGUUGCUAAAGUUCAGGUUGAUGGAGAUAAAAAGACUGAUGAAAAAUCUGAUGUACAGAAAGUUGAAGAUAAAAAACCUGAGCCACAAGAUAAAAAAGGAGAUAAACAAUCUAAGAAAUCUAAAGAUCAAGCGAAAAAAAUGAAAGAAAAGCCUGAGGUUAAAAAAUCCGAAGAGAAAAAAGCUGCAGUAAAAACUGAAGCUUCUGAAACUAAAAAACUUGAAGAGCCUGAAAAAUGUAAAGAUGAAAAACAGGCUGGUGAAUCUGAAGAAAAAGUUAAAGCAGAUGUGACUGAAGCUGAGAAACCUGAAAAGUUAGAGCCUAUGGAUCAACUGAAAAAACCAGAGGAAAAAGCACCGAAAGAACAGCCGAAGAAAGCUGAAGUUAAAAAACCUGACGCAAAUAAAAAAUCUGGAAAAAAAGAACCUAAAAAAGCUGAGGAGAAAAAAAUUAAGGAAUCAAUAAAAUCUGAAGAACAAAAACCUAAAACUGAAGUUAAAAAAUCAGCAGACAAGAAACCUGAGCAACCCAAACAAUCCGAAGAACAAGUUAAAAAAUCUAAAGAUAAACCUGAAGCUCAAGCUAAGAAAUCUGAAGUUAAAAAAUCUGAAGAAAAACCUAAAGAUGUUAAGAAACCAGAUGAUAAAAAAGAAUCAAUUGCUGAAAUCGUUACUCCGGAAGAAAAAAUCGAAGAUAACAAAAAAGUAGCUGAGGUUGCAGUAUCUACGAAACCUAAAGAUAAAAAGAAGAAUAAAAAGACAGAAAAGAUUCCAGCAGAAGUUCCGAAAAAAUCAGAUGAAAAAGUUAAAGAGCCUGAAAUUCAUAAGAAAGUAGAAGAGCUUCUGCCUCAACCACCCAAAUCAGUGGUCGAAAAACCUGAUCUGCCAGAUCAAGCUCAAGAUCAAUCAUUGGUAUCAGAAGACAGCAAAGAUUCCGGGUUUUUCGUAAUAACCAGCGAAUCUCAAGUUAUAUCCGAAUCUUGUCAUGAAAGUUCUCUUCCUCGAGACAUGGUUGUAGUUCCACCAAUGGAAUCAGCUAAUUUGUCAUUAGCAGCGGAAACUGAAACUCGUCCACUAUCUCGUUCACCAUUACCCAAAACAAAAGCAACUUCAAACCUCCUUUCGAAAAACUCAUCAUCCACUUCUCUAGAACACUCGUCCAUAGAAAUAUGUGAAACUCCCUCAUCAAAAGUACAGUUUUACAUCGAAGAAGACGAUGACAUAGUAGUAAUCAGCCACGCAACAGACGAAGAGACUUGUCCGUCACAGCCUCAAUCUGAGCCCCAUCAUGCAGCUCCAUCUCCAGCAGAAAUAUAUAAGUUUAUCAGCUACGACAGUUUCUGGGUCGACAAACGAGCUUACCACGACGCAGAGCGCGAUUUCUUCGCAGAAAGGUCUUCAAAGCUCAAACAAAAGGAGAGCUUGGAAAGUAACUUAGAGAACUUGGAAGCGAUUGUCAGUCGGCUUGAAGAGUCACUCAAUGAUUUACCGCGUGAUAGUUUGGAGAACAUGCUAUCAGCACUUGCAGUAAUACUUGGAGAUUUACGUCAACACGAUCAACGAAGUAAUGACAUACAAAAACAACUUGAAAAAAUAGAAGCUGUCGAGGGAGAAAAACUUGUUACACCUUUGGAAAAAAUUCGCGGACGAAUAGCAGCGCUCACUGAUCAAGUAGAGCAAGGAAUCGCGGCCCUGGGUAAAGCUCGUGAAGUAAAACAUCAAAAAGAACACCAAGUGUUGCUUUACAAAAAUUUCCUUGAAGAAACGGACACGUGGCUGAGAAAUCUGGUCUUGAUGAUCAGUCAGCAGCAAUCAGUUGAUUCUUACAAAACACUUUUGGAUGAACUGGAAGCCCGGAACCAACGAAUGAAUGAACUGGAGACACUGACAGAAGUUAGUGAACUGGCCCGGUCACUCAAGGCAGCCUUGCUGGAGACUCAUGCGCGUCUGAAGCAGAAGCAGCAGGAAAUUGAAGAAGAAGAGUCUGCACAAGCGUCCGAAGAGAUGGCUGAUCAUGAUGACAUAACACUAGACCAAGCGCCCUCGAUACAUUCAGCAGAUGAGGGCACAAUGUCAUGGGCAGACGUGUCCUUACAAACUGGGCAAAGUUUAAUGAUAGAUAAUGAAAAUAAACCGAUACAAUUAACUAAACAAACAUCAACAUCACAAAUUACUGAGUUUGAUGUACAUCCUCUUGAAAUGCAAUCGAUUCCUGUUCAGGUAUCGAUAGACGAGGGAGUUAAAUCGACACAAGAGUCUAUAAAAAUAUACAAAACAGCAGAUGAUACUCAUGAAGUUAUUGAAAUAGCUACGAAAAAUAUUCCCAGUUCACAUUCUACCUCACAAUUUAUCCCCCAAGAUCAUUCUGCUGAUGACAUUGUCGUUGAUAUGAAGUACCAGGACGCGAAAGCAGAGCAAAGCGCGACUUCAGAGUUGAGUAUUCAACAUGCGGCACCUCAGACGUUUGAAACUGUCCUCACGGAACCGGAUGACGUCACCACUGAAGUUGUUGUUGAUGCUGACGGAACCAAGAGAAUUAUUGUAAGGAAGUUACGAAGGACUUUGGUGACAAGUCAGUCGACGCAACAGCACAUCACUUCGAUGUCAAGUGUGUCAGGAGAUGUUCCAAGUGUCCAAGCGUUUUCGGAAGCUACUAUGCGGAGCCAACAAGUCACUGUCACUCGCACGCGACCUGACGGUAGCGUUGAGAUGGCAGCCAAGCAAACAUACGGCGGUAAAAUAACUACCGGAGGUGCUCCGGGAGAAGUCGUCAGUGUUGAACAGUUUGAAACUACACCUCAGUUUACACACAGAAUUAUUCAAGGAGAAUUAGAGGAUAUCCAGCCAGAAUCAUUGGGAAUCGCUCAAGAUGGGUCCAAUGUUACUAUUGAAGAAGGCGCGUAUCAAACCAAGACCUCGACGGUUCACGCGAUGGUCCAACAAGUUACUAGGAGAGUUAUACGAAAGACCAGAAGAACAAUUCGUAAAGUUACUAUCAUUGAUGGUAAGGAAACGAUGUCUGAAGAAGUUGUUGAAGAACCUGAAGAAGUAGAGAUUGAUGAACAAGAUAUUCCACAUAUAAGUAUCAAUGUCGUGAAACAAGAAGAACAGAAAUCCUUUUCAAAAGAUAGCAAAAGUGUCAUGCAGGUUUCGAAAGCUACGGAAAUUGAUACCGACACUCAGGGGCCAUUCUUCGGACCAAAAGCUCGUGAGUUAACGCCUGAUAGUGUUGAAAUUAUGGAAGAUAGACCUGAAAUUGAAGAAAUUAUUGAGAAAGAUGAAGAAAAAGUCGUUUCAAACUCACCAAUAAUUGUGGAUAGUCCUGAAAAACUGGAACAAAUGAAGGUAAAUGAAAUAACGUCAAUACAGUUAAGCCAAAAUUUAAUUGACGCUGAAAAACGUGAAAUUUUUCAGUCAAACUUUGAAAUACCUGCUGCUGAUGGUGGCGAUAAUGAAGAUAAAAGUUCCGAGGUAGCAGAGUUACCGAUUACUGAUGCGCCAGUAGAUGGUGAACCAGUAACGAACGAGAAUGCCUGUAAGUCUGUUGAUGUACUACCAGCAAUAAUGAAAGAAAGCUUUAAUAUGAAAUUAGAUGCAGGCACGGUAGAAGUAGUACAGCACGCAGACGAUAGCAGCACUGUAGAAUCAACUGGUAAAAUGAGUAUUAUUACAUUAGAGUCACAACAACAACAACAACAACAAUCAUCAGUACCAUCUGUCGAUCAAACGUCACACGAGUUAGGGGAAUCACCAGCAGAACUGUUGACACCACGGCCAUCUGACGAUUCAUCAAGACGCUCGAGGAAGUCGGAGGAUAAGAUUGAUGGAGCUGUUUUGAAAGAUUCUAAGGCGGUUAUUGACAAGGUUGAAAUCUCGUUGCUGAUUAAUGAGAGUCAGGACGAGGCUGGCGCUUUUGUUGCCGUUAAAACAACAGCCGAGCGACCUGAUGACGUUUACAGAGUUAUUGAAGAAAACGUCGAUAUUAGAUUGCCGACGCAAGUUGAAACUGUUGAAAUAAUUCCGGAUAAAAUAAUUCAAACUAGUGGUUUAGAAUCUUUUGAACGGGAGGUGAGCCAAGUCCCAGAGAACGGACGGACGGAAAAAAGCGACGCUGAGACGACAUCUAGUCGCAAGAGCAGAAAAAAGAAGAGACGCAAAGAUGAAGAUACUGGUGGUAAAUCUGUCAGUGAAGAAUCUGGCAGUUCUAUUGCUACAACGAUCGCCGAGUCUGUGGAUUUGAAUCUUCCGAUGUCAGAAUCGCCGAAACAAAUUAGCGAACAACCGCAGCCUGAUGUUUUGGAAAUAACUGAGACUUCAUUGACACUCUCGAGUCCGCGAGAAACAACCGCGGGUUACGAGCCUGAGGGUGGUACCACAGUAGAAGAAGGUUCUAUUGCACUAGACAGAGACGAGUUGACUAAGAAGAAAAAGAAGAAGAAGAAGAAACAAAAAAUUAAUUUCGAAGAUGAUAAAAGUGAAGAGAGAGAUACUAGAGCUAGUGGAAUUGAAGUUAGUGAACCAGUUCAAGGAGAUAUUAAAGAGUUUGGAGAGAAAAAGUUUAUAGAAAUCGAUACUCAGACAGUUUAUGAAACACGCGAUGUAUCUGCUAGUCCCGCUGAACUCCAAUCGCUUAGAGAUAGUUCAUUACAGACUUCUCCUGAGCUACAACCACAAUUAGAACCACAAUUACAAUUACAGAGCAAUGUUAGUCUUGGUUUAAUUGAACAAGAAAUACAAACAGAACACGAAACAAUUAAUACUGAAAUUCAAACAUCGCCUACUCAAGUUCUCGAUACUGAAAUUCAGACUUCAGAAAUUGAAUCACCAGAAAAAGAACAUUUGUCUGUACAAACUGAGACACCAGAAGUAUCAAAAGAAGAAGAAGGUGUACAGACAAGUCCUAUUGAAUCUGAAGAAUUGGUUGUAACAUCAGCAGCUCCAGCUGAAGUCAAAGAAACUGAAGAAAUUGAUGUGCAGACGGUAGAAGUUGAGACUUCAGAAGUACAAACUUCACCUAUUGAAUCUGCGGUGACCACGGAAAUCGAUACGCAAACGGAUCAACUUGAAGAGCAGGCAGAAAAAGAAGACACAGAAAUCCCGAAGGUGGCUGAAACUCAAGAUGUUGAACAACAAACUUCGCCGUCACAAUCGCAAGAAGUUAUUAUAGAAGAAAUGGCAGUACAAACUUCGCCAGAAGUGAGGGAGAUUGAAGCUGUGGAGAUUGAUGUUCAAACUAGUAAACCAGCGAGUCCAGUGGAGCGUGUGCCAGUCGCGACGGGUGACUUCGAAGUGCAGACAAACUUGAUCGAACAAGUAACAGUCGCUGCUAUGGAAACGCAAACUACGCCACAAGAAACCCCCCGUGUUGAAACCGAAAUGCAGACUACUCCCGAGUUUACUGUCGAGUCAGUCACACAAACAAGUCCAGAACCUGAACACGAACAUAAGCAUGAAGAGGAAACUAGCUUAGAAGAUAAAAUAACUGUCGAAGAAGAAUCGCAAACGAUAACUCCAGAUAAAAUAGAAACUUCAGACACUUUUGUGCAGAUUCAGAGUCAAGAAUUGAUUCCGACUGCAGAAGAAGGCAUUCAAAGCAUUCCGGAUGCUGCGGAAAUAAGUCUUCAGACUUUGGAAACUGCUAAACAAGACACAGAACCUGUUGUAGUAGUUUCUGUCGCACAGCAAGCUUCGGUGUCUUCUGCAGAAGUUGCGACCAUGCCUGAGACUCAUAUGCCCGUCACUCAAGAAACCGCAACAUCGCCGAUACAAGAAUUGAUAAAAGUGGAAAGACCUGGUCCAUUGGUUGUUGAAGAAAAAAUCACCAAAGCCAGUCCGGAUACGAGCGAGUCUAUGCAGCUGGUGGAAAAGAAAGAAGUGAUUGAAGAAACGAAAGUAGAAAGAGAGAGAAUCGAAACUCCUGAUAAAGAAUUGACGUCUGAUGGAUCGUCAUUCGAAAUUCAUGUCCAGGCGACUAUUGAUUUAUCUGACAAUACUAUUACGGAGCCAACAAUUCAAGAAAGUGAAUCAACUGACAUUACUCACGAUACCACGAUUUCAGAAGACUUUAGCGAGCUCACUGACCCCACAAUCGAUAAAACUCGUAAACGGCCUAAGAAAAAAAAUAAAAGAAAAGCAGUUAAACCUACUGAUGAAAUUAGUUCGACAAAUGAAAAAGACAUUCAACGAUUUGAAUCAGUCGUUAGUCAAUCAGGAGAAUCAAAAGACUCUGUAAUAAAAUUAUCGUACUCAGACGUUGCUAGAAAAGGUUCAAAAGAACGUGAAAUCGGAGUUGAUGAUCAAAAUAACGUGACAGUUGGUAAAAUUUACACAGAUUUAGACAUUAAAAAAGUGGAGCAUCAGCAGAGACGAGAUUCUGAUGCUCAGGAAAUAAAAUUGAAAGCCACUUUGGAGGGAGCGCAAUCACGCGAGUCUUUUAAAGUUAAAGAGACACUUGUGGGUACUAGUUCUAAAGGGGAUGAGUUCGCGGUCUCGAUGCAAGUUCACAAGAGCAUCGCACGGCGUAGAGAUCGCCCGAGUGUUAAAAUAGAGACUCCAGAGCCGAUGGAUACCGACGAAGAAGUUCUUUCACCAAUGGAAUCUGUUCUUGCCACGAAAAAUAAACUCCCAGAAGUUAAAUCUUAUGCAGAAGGAAUCGCUGAGCCAGGUUUCGGUGCUCCAAGCUCCAGAAGUCCCUCCACGUCACGCAGAUCUCAAAGUGAGCAAUUUAUUGCUGCCGAAAGACAUGAUCAGCGUCCCCAAGUUCUUAAGCGCACGCAGACAGCUAAAAUAGUAAUUGAUCGUCUCAAAAAUCUUCAAAAUGUCAACGAAACCUGCUAUCUAUCAAAUAUUUUACAUAUCGCGAGUCUAGAGGACUUUUUCAAGCCCAUGAAUGUGGAAGAACGUGUUUUGAACAUACAGAAAAAUUUAUCACACUUAAAAAAUGCCGUUGAAGAGCAGAAUAUUGUUAUCGUUGAUGAAACUUUGAUCACGAUUGUCGAAAUGAUUUCCACGUGGCUGGAGACUAUUGAGUACCGAGUUUUCGUGAGCAGAGAACCGACUCGAGGACCUUCACACGAAGAUACUCGGGUGUAUGUCGAGUUGAAAGACGAAGUUAAUCAUAUAGAAGAUAAUAUUAAAGAGUUAAGAAGAACUUGGAAGCAAGUGGAGUCUGCUUAUCCCACUGAAGACCGUGAGAAGGUCAAUGAGUGCAUGGAAUCGUUGGUUGAUCAGGUCAAAGCAAUUGGAGAUGUUACCAGGGAUGAGGAGAGACAUGUCACUGCUGAGCUUUCUAAGUGGGAUGAAUUUUUGAAAGGGGUUGAAAAUAUGUACAGGUUGGUCCAAGAACAACUAAGCCAACUGAGCACGAUAAUAGAGAGCGAGGAAUCAACAGUAAGGAAGUUAGAAGAAUUGGAUAAACUAGAAAAUACAAAUCGUUCUCAUAUGUGUAAUACAAAUAAACUUAUAGCAGCUGUCAGAGAUUUAUUGAAAAGUUAUCCCGGUAGGUCGGUACCAGAUGAGACUUAUCAAGCUCAUGAAUUAACCCUGACUAUCGAGCAUAAUAUUAAUGUGGAACGUGAACGUUUGCUUCAACUGAUGUCCCUAGCAGAAGAAUAUGAACAGACAUUACAGGAAUUCGCCCAGAUAACGGACGUUGCUGAGGAUCUUUUAGCGAGUCCGAUAUCUGUGAUAAGUCUUGAGCAUCUUCAGGAAGAAAUGCAGAAGCACCGGAAGUUCUUUGUUAAUUUAAAUCACUGCCGAGCGAUUCUCGAGUCGCUGGAAAAUAAUUUGGACAGUGAAACCCGGACAAAACACGCGGAAUUUCAUGAAGAAUUGCACAGUCGCGCGGGUUCUCUGCUGGAUCAAGCGGCGUCACGGGCGCAGCAGAUGUCAUUGGCUGCUUCGAGGUGGAUGCUGCUUGAGCAGGGAUUCAAAGAAGAACGCGGAUGGCUUCAGAUCGCCCAUCAACGAAUACCUGAUUUACAAACGGUCACUUCCUCGGAUUACGAUCAAUAUAUUUCGUUGUAUCAAUCGUUGUCUUCGGACAUUGCAAUGCAUCAAGCGCGGCUGGUCCAGUUGUUUGAUCUGGUUCACAGUCUUCAGGAACUCCUGGACAUUGAGGACCUGGAGGAACGUUAUCGUGAAUCGCUGGAUGUUAUUAGUCAGCUUCAGGAGAAUGUAGACUCGUCACUGAGAUGUUUGUUAACAUUCCGCGACAGCUGGGGAACUCAUGAAGUGCUGACUAACCGGCUCGAAAACUGGAUGGCGACAGCGGAAAGAGAACUCGAUGCUCUGAAUAAUAAUUGGGAUGGCCAUAUGCGUCAAUUCUGGGAAAUAAAAGCACAAUAUGAAGUCCAUAAUAACUUGAGAAAUGAAGCGACCAAUUGCUUCGAACAAGGAUUGCGCGUGAUCCCACUAUCAGACGAGAUGAUACAGCGUCAAUUCCACGGAGAAUUCCAAGACCGGUGGCACCGAGUGUCGACCAAAAUAAAAACAAUCCAAAAAGCUGUUGCCGAUACAAUUUCUUCGGAAGACACGCCAAUAAACGAGAAACUAAGACUCCUAGAACGGGAACUAAACGAAUUGCGCACAACAGUUGAAGGAUUCCACGGGGUCCUAAAAACUGAGGACGAGCUAGUUCUCUACGUGGGCCGUCUCUCAGUGCUCUUUGAACGGGUCUGCAUAAUUCAAGACGAGCUAGUAAAACUAGGAAUGCUUCCUGCUGCAGAAAGCGAGCAGGUGAACAUUCUGCUGUCCUUCGCCGGGCGCAUGGAAAGUCAAGUACGAGAAGAAUUAGAUGCCGCGCAAGUGGUACAAGAACGUCUGCAAGCUCUCCAACGCGGUUUGACUCGCGUCCGCAAAGCCCACGCCAGACAAUCAUUGAUUCUAGACCAGUGCGAAGCUUGCGAGAAGCACGGCAGCGACGUCGUCGAGGGUGGCGUCAAACGAUGCUCCCAAGUCGCCGACGAGUUGGCGAUUCUAUGGAAAGACCUGAUGGGCCUCAGACAAUUAUUGCACACAGUCCCCGGCGGCAUGAGAGUCUCCGUCUCCCCAGUCAGCAUCGAACGAGACAUUUCCCUCCUCCAGGACAUCAACACCGACCUGGAGUCGCGUUGCACACGUUUGCUGUCACUUCUCAAGAGCAGACUAAGUCUCUGGAGACGCUUUGAACGUCAGUUAGAAAUGGUUCAACAGUCAGUACAAGAAGCUGACCACAUGAUGAAGAUCCUCGCUAUUCAGGGGUCAGUCGACUACGAGCGACUUCUCAAGGCUACCGAGCAUCUCGAAGGAUUGAAUGGUGAUUUGGGAACACGUGAGGCUUGGGUAGGUGAAUUACGCAAAGCAGCGGAGCCUCUUCUAGAAGUCUGCACCGAAGAAGUAAGCGAGCGCGUAAACGCGGCGGUAAAUGAAGCAGUUCAAGCUUGGGAAGAUACGAGAUCUGAAUUAGAUGCUCUCUGUACGAAAUAUCAACACGCAGUAAGGCUGUGGGAGCAAUACAGAGACUCAAGUGCUGCUGUAAAAGCUUGGGUAGACACCCAAAUGGGCAGCAUUACUAAUCUACCUCCCGAAGAAGCUUUGAAACAAGUCAAGGUUUGCGAAGAAACUUUAGCGGAACACAAAGAACGUCUGGCAGAGUUACGUGGUCUGGUAGCACAAAUUGCAUCAGACGUAGGACUAGACAGCAAUGGACCACUACACUGCGAAGUCGAGGCACUGGGCCGCCGGCUUGAGGAUGUCCGCGAGACGCUGUCAACACUCGCGGAUACUGCGGACGCACGUGCGCUCAAUCAAGAGCUGACACGUGGGGACUUGUGUCAAACUAAAAAUUUCUUAGAUUCUGUACAGCAGAGUCUUAUAACAGUGGGUCAAGGCGAGUCUAAAGAACAAUUGAAUCUUCUACGGAAUCAUUUGCUAGCAUUGACACGUACCGAGCCACAAUUACAGUCAAUAAAAGACCGCGCACUUGAGGUAACAACUACGGAGACUUCGGUUGUUGAUGUACUGCAAUUAUGGCAGCGAGUUUUCCGCGAAACCUUCCAACAGUAUCAUAGAUUGUCUGCUAGACUAGUCAGGUCAGAAGAUGUCGCAGCGGCGUUACGCCUGUGGCAAGAAUACUUGUCACAUGUCCAAGAGUUUCUGUCCAAUGACAUGCCGGGUGACUACAAUGGGCUGUCAGAGCACAGAAACUUGUGCGAAGUCCACAAAAAUCUGCUGACUGAUCAGCAGCACCUGAUACUCUCAAUACGGGCUGAGAAGGGACGUGAUUUGUCGGUGGCUGAACAGUUUAAUAUACUGACAAAUCUUCACAAUGAAACGUUGUCCAAGAUUAUGGACAGACAUGCAUCUGUCCGUGAUCGUUUGGCUGCUUGGGACAAGUACAAGACGGACAUGAGCAAAUUGUUAUCAUGGCUGAAAGAUAUCGAGCGUGAGAAAAGUCGAUUACAGUUGAGAUUCAUUCAUAUAAGAAGACUGGAUAAAAUAAUAGCUAAGAUAGAAUCGCUGCUUGAAAAAUUACCGAUUGGAGAAACGCAAAUAAAUUCGUUGUCUGUACAGCAGGAAUCGUUGUUAGUCGAAUGCGAAGAAGCGCUGGCUGUUUCAAUUCGCAUGGAACACGCGGCAAACACUCAAAGAAUAACAAAUUUACGGGCUAGUUUGGAAACUUGGCGCGAUUUUGUAUUAAGGAUACGUAAAUUAAAUGAACAACAUGUUGAACAGACUGCUGUUGUUAGCAAAACCUUCCAAGAAAUAAGUAAAACAAUAAGCGCUGCGUUCCAUAAUACGUCUAGUAAUUUACUGUAUGUUAAACAACAAUUGGAUUCGUUGAAUCAGCUGAGGGCGAAGCUUAACGAUGCCCCUAGUCAGUUAGAAGCCCUUGGAGUUACCACUGAGCAGCUUCGCGAGUGUCUUUCCCCUUCGGACAUGAAGAGUUUGAACCAACAUAACUCGUUGCUUUGGCAGCAACAUGGAGAUCUCGAACAUCAGCUCGCACUGUUGGUUUACAAACUGGGAGAGCGGUUGAGUUUGAGAGGCAAGUGGGACAAAAGGUUGACGCGUUUCUUUGUCUGGGUUACUGAUGCAGAGACACGGAUCAAUAGCUGUGACGCGACCACCCUAGAAGAGCCUGAAGAAGCUUUGAAACGACUGGAAGGCGAGCUACAUGCUGAGAUGGCUCUCAAACAACGAGAGCUAGAGUGGCUGCAUUCAACGGGCCAAGAAUUGAUUGACAUCGCGGAUGCUGAGGAUAAAGUGCUGAUUAAAAAGUCCCUGGAUGACAUCGAUGAGAGGUGGGCGCGACUUAUGAAUGCCGGCAAAGCUAGAACAACAAAGCUGCUGGAUUUGAUGCAGACGAUGAACUUGCUGGAGAAAAGUAUCGCGGAAAUCCGGGGAUGGCUGGGUAAAGUUGAGCUCCAACUCACGGAGGCAUUUAUUAUUGAAUCAAAGGCCCAGAGUACGAUUGACAAGAAAUUGGAGGAUCAUGAGAUGCUUCAGAAAACUAUUGAAGCCGAGAGCGGUAAAAUUGGAGAAGUACUUAAUCUUUGUGAAAUAUUAUUGAACGACUGCGAUGCUUGGAAGGCCUCAUUCAAUACUGAUCCAAUAAAAACUGGAAUGAAGGGUCUAGAGAAACGAUGGAAGUCAACGUGUGUAAGAUCCGCUGAUCGUAAACGUAAAAUAAUAAUGGCCUGGAAACUAGUCCAGGAGUUGGAUAAAGUUAAGCAAGAACAAGAGCAAUGGAUUGCGGAUACUGAAGUGGAAUUGUUGGCAUUGGAAGGAGGCUUAGAUAAGACGAGUAAAGAAGACAGUGAGCAAAUGCUAACAAAGACCAGAAGGAUUUUAAAAGAUUUAGAUGCGCAUAAACCCGCGCUGAUGAUUCUCGAGCAAAGCUACAGUAGGCUCGCUAAAAGUGGAUUGGAACCUGAGAACUUAAAAACACUUACGUCUGAUGUAAGGGUACUUUUAGAUCGAUGGCAAGCACUCAAACCGCGAGCCGAGUCAAUCAUUUCGGCUCUAAAACGCGAGCAGAAAGCUUAUCGUGAAUUUAUAACAGCCCACGGUUCCGCGGUUGUUGGGCUUACUCAAGUUGACGUUAAAUUAACUCAAGUGCAGCAUUUAGAGCAAAAAGUAUCAACGAGGCGCAGACAACAGCAAAUAAUGGAGAUCGAGAAAGAAUUGGCCGUACAGAGCAGGACUCUGCAACGCGCUGAUGAACUGGCGUUAAUAGUAAUGCAGGAUUGCGCAGCGAGUGACGUUCCGGCUGUCCAAGAACUCGUCGAUGAGUACCAGCUGCUUUGGCAGGACAUAAAGAGCCGAGUGGCUGCACUAAAAAUUAAGUUUGAAGAGUCGAAUGAUAAAAUGGAAGUUGAUGAAGCGGUUCAAGUGGAAACUUUGAAGUUCGAGCAGGAUAGCGCCGUUCAAGUGGACACGCUACCAAGGCUGACAAGAAUGACUUCAUGUGAUGCUUAUUUGAUUGAAUUGCAAUCAGCUCUGAGUGAAUGUCGCAACGCACUCGAGGAACUGGAGGAUGCUGUCACGCCUGAACCAGUUCCUGGCCCUGGACUCGCUUCAGCAGCUAAAAAUAUCGCGAAACUAAUCGGAAGUUGUCAAUCAGCCAUCGAAUUAGCUAAGCAUCUACAUGGUCUACUGACUCAGGAUGGUAAAUUGAAUGAUGAGGUAACAAAAACUGUCCAAGUUAAUGAGCUAGCUAGCCGUUAUGAAAGUAUACUUGUGCGCGCGCGAGCUCGCGAGCAACAAAUACGCGAAAUAAGGUCGCCUCUCGUCAACGCUUACUCUCUUCCAUGUGAACAUGAUCAAGGCAGACUGACGUGUCCGCUGUGCUCGCGACGUAACUGGGCGCAACUGGACAUAGAUCUCUGGCGCCUGGAGAAAUGGUUAGAGUACGCGGAAGGUAUACAAAGUGAGCAACAUUCCCCGCCGAGUAACAUCGAGGACCUAGAAGACGUUAUUCAAGACCACCGGGAAUUUCUCUUGGACCUCGACAGCCACAAGAGCAUUGUCAUCAGUUUGAAUAUCGUCGGCUCGCAUCUUGCGGACCACACGGAAGAUAUUGAGCGCGCUCAGGAGCUACGCGACCGACUGGGAACCGCUAACUCGCGAUGGGAACGAGUCUGCUCUACCGCAAGAACUUGGCAGUCUGCUUUGCAGUCUGCGCUCAUGGGCAACCAGCAGUUUCAUCGGAUAGUUGAAGAACUACUCAGCUGGCUAGAGAGAACUGAAAACUCUAUACAAGCUAACGAGCCCAUUGACUUAGCAGACAAUGUCGAUGUCAUUAAAUCAAAGUACAAUAAAUUCAGGGAAUUGAGGAGUGAUUUAGAACGUUGCGAACCGCGAGUGGUAUCACUUGAAGAGUCAGCGCAUCAUUUAUUAGAUGAAAGUAUGGAAAUUCGUGGUCGUUUGCACGAACUAAAACUUAGAUUGCAAUCAUUACGACGAUUAACAGGAAUAUAUGCACUGAAACUCGGCGCAGCUCUUGGAUUAGACCCUAAAGAAGUUGGACUUGCUGCCACUUCAUCAUCACUUGCCUCGCUCUCUAACGAUCUACUCGAUGGAGCUUCAUCGACAACCAGCCUACACGGUCAAUCAUCCAGUACUGAUGGUGACGAAAGAGAUCGAACGGUAUUAGUGCGUGGAUACCGUUUCUUAGGUCGUGUAUUAAGAGCUUCCUUACCAAUUCAAGCAUUGAUGUUAUUAUUACUCGGUGUUGCUUCUCUGGUGCCUACAGCUGAGGAUGACUACAGCUGUAUGCUCUCAAACAACAUUGCCAGGACAUUUAAUCCAGUUGUCGAAUAUCCCAAUGGUCCUCCACCUCUGUAAUUAAAUUAUUAAUUAUUUAUAACAUAAUUAAUAAUUUAUUAUUUAAAAUUUAAAAUUUUAAAUUAAGUCGCCUUAAUAAAAUUCCUAUAAAAUUUAAAUUUAAAUAUAAUAAAUAUUAAGUGCCGGAUAAAUAUUUUGUACAUAAUUAUAGAGAAUUAAUUGUUUACUUUACGAAACUCCUUAUUAUCAAGGAGACCAGACUCAAAACUUAUGUAUUUAAUUUAUUACUUAAAUGUUUGUGAUUGUUAAUAUUUUAUUUCAAUUAUCAAUGAUUUAUUAAAAAGUAAACAAUCAAAAAAAAAUAUAUGUUAUUUUAUGUAUUUAUUAAUAUAUCGAUGGUGCUAUUAUUCGAAAUAUUACUGCAUAAAUAAUUUAUCAAUUAUUUAUGAUUAAUAAUAAAAAUUAAUAAUAUAAUUGUUAAGUGUACCUUCAAAAUGAUUCAGAUUAA